CGGGAACUGAUGUCGAUGGAGUAGGAGAGGUCACCAGCACAGAGGGAUUAAGGUAAGCAUAUAAAUGGUUAAUUAACCAUAUAUGAGCCUCGGCACGGGGCCCUAGUUACUGUUUAGGUGACUAGGACUCUAUAGCGUUAGGAAUACAUAUUUGUAUUCCUAACGCUAUAGUGUUCCUUUAAGCUUCGUCCAUUGCAGCAAAUAAAGUUAAUGUUUCCCACAAGAAAACAUACUCCCUGCUAUUUCCUAUGUAUAAUUUAAAAAAACAAAAAAAGGUAAAUUGAAAAAAAAAAUACAAAAAAAAAACAAGGAUGAAAAGAAGUAAAAAAAACCUAAUACUCUAAAAACAAAACAUGAUACAAAGAAACACUUUAAUUCCUUUACCACCUUACAGGAUUUAUUUACUAAACUGAGGAUUGGAGAGGAUAGACAAGAGAUUGGCAAAUUCGUAUACCAAAAUAUCCAAACUAAAUAAAUUCUCAAACUAACAAAGAAAACAAAAACUAUCCCUUACUGAGAUAGUGAGUGAUAUACUAAAGUGCCUGAAUAAAAGCAGCUCAACACAAAAAGUGGAAUACCUUAAUCCACAAUAAAGUGCAAAAUACAAGAAAAUGCAAAAUACAAGAAAAAAAAAAAAAAGGUAUAAACAAUAUACCAGCAAGUGGAGCGCUAUAUUGAAUAUAUAUAUAAAUAAUGAGGGGGUAUACUCACCCCUCCAACAUAGUAAUCAGGGCGGCCCUUGCAAAAAGUCUUACGGCGCCCCCCCCACCUCCCACCAAGUUGCCUGAAUACAGUAACACACACAGGCACCGGGGACGUGUGUAUCACGAGGCAAACAAGGCAUCUGCCUUGGGCGCCACUUUGCAGGGGGCGGCAAAAAAAAGCAUCCCUCCAAACCCCCAGGCAGAUCCCUUGCUUGCCUCGCAUCCUGGGGGGCUCAAGAGCUGACCGGCUGGCCACUUUUGAGCCCCCCCAAGGCUGGCAGCGGGCAGCGAAGGAGCAUACUCACCUGAGCUCUUCCUGCUCAGCUUCCUCUGCGCCGCUUAAUGAAGCCGGGAGCCAGAAUAUGACGUCAGUCCGGCUCCCGGCAUCACUAAGCGCUGCUUACUCAGCCUGUGCGCCCCCUGCCUGCCUGCCCAGCAGCUACACUGGACUGCUGGUAAGAAAUCCACUCCAGCUUUCCCAGGGAGGCUGGGUGGAUUUAAAAUAAAUGUAAAAAAUAUUAGUUUGUGAGUGUUAGUGGAAAUGUCUGUGUGUGUGUCUGUGAGUGUUUAUUUUGAAGUGAAUGUGUGUGUGUGUGUGUGUGUCUGUAAGUGUGUAAUUGUGUGUGUCUGUAAGUGAAUGUGUGUGUGUCUGUGAGUGAAUGUGUGUGUUGGUCAGUGAGUGUAUUGGUCAGUGAGUGUAUAUGUGUCAGUCAGUGAGUGUGUAUGUGUCGUCAGUGAGUGUGUAUGUGUCGUCAGUGAGUGUGUGUCGGUCAGUGAGUGUGUAGGUCAGUGAGUGUGUAUGUGUAGGUCAGUGAGUGUGUGUCGGUCAGUGAGUGUGUGUCGGUCAGUGAGUGUGUGUCAGUCAGUGUGUAUGUGUCGGUCAGUGGAGUCGUGCAUCUUUCAGUGAGUGCUUGCGUCUGUCAGUGAGAGUGUGCAUCUGUCAGUGUGUGUCCAAGUAAUAGUGUAUGUGUGUAUGUCAUUGUUUGUCAGUGUAUAUGAGAGUGUGUGUCUGUCAGUGAGUGUGCGUCUGUCAGUGAGUGAGCGUCUGUCAGUCAAAGUGCGGCCUUGACAGGAAGGGGUGGGGGAAAUUUAAACUCGGUUACAGGCAUGUACACACACACUCAGUUAAAGGCAGUCACACAUACAGGCACAGGCACAAACAAUGGCACAGCUACAGCGACACACACAGACAGACAGUCACAUAGGCAGUCACACACACAGACAGACACACAGUAACACACACAUAGACAGUUAUACACACACAGGCAGGCAGUCACACAGAUAGAAAGUCACACACACAGGCAGGCAGUCACACACAGACAGAUAGUUACAGACAGACACACACAGGCAGGCAGGCAGUCACAUACAGGCAGUCACACACACAGGCAGUCACACACACAGACAGACAGUCACACACACAGACAGUCUCACACACACAGGCAGUCACACACACGGGCAGUCACACAGACAGACAGUCACACAGACAGACAGUCACACACACAGGCAGUCACAUACAUGGGCAGUCACAUACAUGGGCAGUCACACAGACAGUCACACACACAGACAGUCACACACAGGCAGGCAGUCACACACAGAGACAGUCACACACACACACACACACACACACACAGGACAGGCAGUCACACAGACAGUCACACACACACACAGACAGUCACACGCACACAGGCAGGCAGUCACACAGACAGACAGUCACACACACACACAGACAGACAGUCACACAAACAGGCAAACAGUCACACACACACACUUACCUCUUUCCAGUGGAUGCAGUUGGCUGAUGGGGAAGCAUCUUUCCCUCUUCCUGUACAGCAGGGGCUUCGGGAGGUAUUAGCCCCGUCUCCGCCUCUCGAUAAGCCCCGCCUCCGCCGCUCGGUAAACCCCGCCCCCUCUGCCGCGAUUUUUUUUUUUUUUUUUUUUAAAUAGACCUGGGUGGAGAAUAAUUAAUCCUCCAGCCAGGUACCUCUUUUAGCUCCCCUGCACUCCGGCCAUGAGUGAGCUGUGUCGGCCACAGGGCGCCCCCUGUUCCAUGGCGCCCUGUGCGGUCGCACAGCUCGCACACCCCUAAGGCCGGCCCUGAUAGUGAUACAAUGUAAUAGAAAAUUCUCAAACUAAGCUUUGCUACGUGGGCCUCAGUUCCCUUGUUAGUUCUCCAUGAUGUUCACAUGGUUAUUUACUGGAAAUGAUUUGUAUAAAAAUUUUAAUCAAAAAAGCCAAAUGCAAAAAAUUCUACAGCAGACCUAUUUUUCUAAUUUUACUUUUCUGGCCUAUAACUUGCAAUUCCCUUGUAUGUAUGUAUGUAGUGGGCAUUGGAUGAGAUAUUCCCCUAAAAUCAGCCAUGAAUUCCCCAAAUAACGACAGACACUAAAACUUUGAUAUAAUAGGCCACAGCAUUUAUUAAAACAACCGAAUACGGUAUAACGCAUCCAAACCUAUAAAACUGUACAUAGUACAGAUCAUAAAUUAACAUAUAAAUAAUGUUGCAUAAUGUCAUACAGUAAUGUAACCAAAACGUCCUUGCAAAUGUAACACACCCCUUCCCAAAGGCUCUCACCUCCCCCCUCGGCAUAAUAAAUUCCUCUUCCCUUUUUGGGCUCCCCAUCAGCCGUCUUUUAACUCGGCGGGGACACGCCCAACCUGGUACCCCUUAGGGUUCCCCAUAAGAGACAAGGGAGGAUGAGACCCGGCCAUUAUCCCCUUAGUCAUCUACCUGCAAACCAUCUCCCACCCUAUCUGGCAAGGACAUGCCCUCCGCCUCGCUUUGACAACACCCGGGCCUAAAUCACCAAGGGAGGGUGGGCGGGAAACUGUUGCUGGCCCAGCUCCUAAGUGGCACUGAGGUCAGCUUGAUUUGUCACUACCCACUUCCUCACAUACCAUACUACCACACAUAAACAGCCAAUCAUGUUUCAUCCAUCCCACACUCAUACAUGUGCCCUUGUCUGCUCAGCUGCGCACUCUCCUUGGCGCCUGGUCAGUUCCCAGCAGACUCAAUUUAGUGAAUAACCCUGUCUGUCAGUUUAGUGAAUAAACGCAGUAGCUUCUACUACUUACAAUUACACAACUAUUUUUCUUUAAAAUAAGUGAAGGGGCACUCCAGGCAUCCAUAUAUGUUAAGUGCAGUGUGUGGUAUAGAUUACAGUCAGUUAUGCUAUUUUUACUCAGUCCUUUUUUUUUGUUAAUAAUAAUUAGUUUUACUCUGUACGCCUACCCUUUCUGUCCCUCCCUUUCUCCAAACCUGCAGUGGUUUUCUUUAUGGUUGCAUAAAUACCACAGUACAUAAUGUCAUGCUUACUACUGGAGGAACAUGACUACUGGACUACAACUCCCUGAAACCCUUGCACUGGCUAUAAAGUAAUACUUAUGUUAUCAACUCAACAAUGCUGUCCUAUUCUCAUCUAAACAUGUUGAUGUUUAAUUCCGACACUGGAAGCAAGCUCUUCUCUUAAUGGUUCCUCUUUUUAAAAAUAAAUUAAUAAACAUUUAUCUUGAAGUUCAUUUAAUUAUAUCAUAUAAGCAGCUGCAAACUGCAGCAGAAGAUAGUUCCAUACCGCACACCCAAACCUGAAUUAUACAGUGUGCUAUCUUUAAAGAAACACUCUAACGUGAGAAACACCAACAUUUAUUCCUAACGUUAGAGUGAUGUAUGGGCUAUAUAGAUUAAAUCUCUACCCCCAUAAGUGAUAAAAUAAAGAGAUUAACUCACCUAGUUCUUUAUUUUCGUGCAGAGAAAUACAGUAUGGUCUGUGAUGCCACGACAGCAGGGCAAAUCGUGAUGGUCAUACUGUUAUACAAUGUCAUGGUACAUAAAAGCAAUGCACAUUUUUAUAUUUUAGUCUCGCUCUUACAACGUAGUUACAUAGCUGCCCUGCACAGGGCUAGUGAUAUUAGUUAUUAACAAGAGAAACUGUAAGCAGGGGGCGACAGGCUAGUAAUUUUUUAAACAAGCUUAGUCUAAACGUUUAGGUUCAAUUGAGUGUUUCAGUAUACGUGUGUAACAAGAGUGUGUUACAGGGUUGUAGCAUGUGUUAUACAGGUUAGGUACAAGCUGUGUAAUAGCUACCUGCUCGGCUGCCCUAUAAUGUGGGCAAGUCUACAACACAGUUAGUAUAGUCUGGUGUAGUAUAAUGGCGUUUAUAACUUUAUGGUGUGUGUUGUGGGGAAAGCAUUUGAAGUGAGCCGUGGCAGUGUCACGAGUGUUACAAGCUAGGUUGCUUGCUUAUGUAGAUUAGCAAGUUUAAGCAUGCAAUCAGUAAGUAUGCAUUGUAUAGCUUAAGACAUAUGGAGAGUCCUCUAGAAGUUUACCCCGGCUCGGUCUAUGUGUGUGGUAGAGCCAGUCAGUCCCUGUGGAUUCAGCUGAUGCCUGCGCUGGAGGUUGCAGAUAUUGAUGCACAGGAUACCUCGUUGGUCUGGGUCAGCUGCAAGGUGGUUCCUGGCGGCCAGAGCAGAGGCGGCAAACGGCUGGGUAAGGAGCUGAGAGGGUGAGUUUUGACAUUGUUGUGGUUGUCUCUGUUAGUCCCAGGUUGUGGCUAGGAAGGGACCAGAGCUGGAUGUCGCCGGGUCGCAUGGCAACCAUUACGGUCUGUGUGCCGUCGUUUGGUGCCUGAGGGAGUGGGUAAGGUCUCUACGUCCACUGUGGGGUUACUGCCACUGACCUGCCCCGCCAUUCGCUCAGUCGUUGGCUUUCCUGGUGUGAGAGGCCGCGUUGUUUGUGGGAUUCUUUGCGUUGCAGGAUGCCGCCAUCUUAAGUAGGCGGGGUGUUGUUGCUUCCACCCGUCUGUGGCCAUCCAACAGGGCCCAUACUUGUAUGCCCAUGCUUGCGGACGUGCCAUGGUGGACCGCGAUGACCCCCGACGGUCCGGGGGGGAUUCUGUCCCCAGCCCCGCAUCAACUGCUAGGCCGCAGGUCGCACCUGCCUCGGCUGGUGCCUCCGGAGUGCUAAUAUUGCCCCAGUCCUGUUUCCACUAGGGGCUCCGUGGGGUGAGUGGGUGUGGAGCCUGUUUAGACUGGCUAGUUUGCGGCAAGGAAGGCUUAAAUUCAGCCCUUUGGCGGGAGCCCUGGGUGCUUGGGACCAUUCCGCAUGGCAGUCAAGCUCCGCCCCCCCCCUAGUUAAUCAUUGCGCAGGUCUUUCUGUGGUCGCCACUCCUCUCUGGCUGAAAUCAUCAAUCCAAUGCUUCCCCAUAGGGAAGCACUCACGAAAUUAUGUGCAUGGCAGUUAUCACUAAACUACACCAAUCAGCAUCUCCUUAUACAGAUGUAUUGACUAAAUGGAUCUCUAUGGGGAGUGUUCAGUGUCUGCUGAAUGUAGAGAUACUGAACGUCGAUGUUGCAAAAAUUGCAUGAUUGUAACUAUAAAGCCCCUCUAGUGGCUGUCUGAGUGACAGCCACAAGGGUGGUGUUAGGCAGUAAUAUAAACACUUCCUUUUCUCAGAAAAUACAGUGUUUAUGCUGCAGUGAGUUUAUAAGUUAUCUAUUUGCCCCAGAAUCACUACAUUAAGCUGUAGUGGUUCUGGGGCAAAUAGAUCAUUUAUACACUUAAGUGGUGCUUAGAGUGUGCCUUUAAUGUUGGAAUUAGGCAUGUGCAUGGGGAACAUUUUCGGUUCGGUUUGGCAUUCCGCAAUUCGGCUCUUCAACACUUCGGCACUUAAGCACUUCGACACUUCGGAAAUUCAGCAACUUCGGCACUUCGGAAUUUCGGAACUUCUCUUGCAGCCGCUUAGUAGAUAACUCCCUAAUUAGGUAUUAGGGAGUUAUCUACUAAAAGGCUGAAAGACCUAAAUUGGUCUUUCAGCCAAAUUUACUAAUACUAAGUAAAAAUUACUUAGUAUUAGUACAUUUUGCCCUUCCUCGCUAUACCGCGAGUAGGGGCAUGUCUAUUAAACAGUGAGCAGCCUGUGUCUGCUCACUGUUAAAAAAAAAAAAGUGUCCCCCCCUCCCGAGCCCCCACCCCCUGAGUGGCGGGUGGGGGCCCUAAAUUGGAAUAGGGGGGUCCUAUUGUCCUCCCCCUGGCCCCCACCCCUGAGUGGCGGGUGGGGGCCCUAAAUACUAAUAAGGGGGGGACCUAAUGUCCUCCCCCCUGGCCCCCACCCCUGAGCGGCGGGUGGUGGCUCUAUAUUGGAAUAGGGGGGGGGACCUAAUGUCCUCCCCCCUUUGCACCCACCCCUGAGCGGCGGGUGGGGGCCCUAAAUUGGAAUAAGGGGGGGACCUAAUGUCCUGACUAACGACGCACUUAAAUUUUUUUUAUUUUUUUUAAAUAAUCCAUCUUUGGGCAAUUCGGACAGGCUCAGGGGUGGGGGCCGGUGGGGAUGACAAUAGGUCCUCCCCCCCCUUUUUCCUUUAGGGCCCCCACCCGCCGCUCGGUGGGGGACCUUUUUUUUUUUUUUAACAGUGAGCAGCCACAAGUAAUCUUUACUUAGUAUUUGUAAAUUUGGCUAAAAGACCAAGCCCUUUGGUAGAUAGCUCCUUAAUACCGUGGAAAUUAGGGAGUUAUCUACUUAUUCAUGCCUGUCAUUACAUGACUGGCUAAGUAACUUACAUUUUAUAUGACUGUGUGUUACUUGAUUUUUGUAAGUGUUGCAAACGCUUACAGCUGAAUCCUGGCUAUAUUUGUAUACUUUUUAUUUAAAAUUGUAUACAAUGUAACAUUCUUCUUCUUUCACUGGGUAAGUAUAUUAGUACUUAGGCAAUACUGUGCUUCGGAACUUCGGCACUUUGACAACUCGGAACUUCGGCACUUCAGCAAUUUGGCACUUUGGCACUACUACACUUCGGAAAUUCGGUAAUUUCGGCAUUUUGGCAAUUCAGCUAUUUUCAUUCGGACCGAAAUUAAUUGCACAUGUCUAGUUGGAAUUGCGCUUUCUAGAUAUUAGAAUUCCAAUAACUUUCAAUGUGACAUAACUGCAACCCAUUGCAUAAUAUCGCAUUAAAUUAAUGUGUUGGGCACCUCUGAUUUUUCCAACAAUAAACUACAGCUUGAGACAUCUCACAAAUGUUUGACACUGUUGUUAGAACCACCAUAGAUUAUAGCUUCAUAUUUUGUUUUGUUGUUUGCUUUUUUUCGUUUGUUGUUUGUUUUUAAUUUGGCACCAACUUGUUCAACACUACUGUCCCCAAGGAGAGGCAGGGCAGACAAAAUUGAAGAUUUCAGUUUUACUCUUGGCUAGCCCUUGUCAGCCUGUGCUGGUCUUUUGCAGAGCACUUGACUUUCAAUAUGUGUCAGACAGGUCUUGGAAAAAUAAAAUUAGCCUUGCCAGACAGCACUGCAGAAUAACACAGAGGGUAUUCAACCUUUUCUGUGAGACACCGACAAAACAUAACUGCAUCACUGCUUCUUAUAAGUAAGUGAUUAUCUAAACAGUUUCCUCACUUAUCUGUACUACAAAUCACCACCUCUAGACUGCUGGAACUUUUGAAAAGCAGGAUCCUUAAAUCUUCUCAUACAAUACUAUACCUGAUUAUCUUAAUGUUCUGUCAUUCGAACACUCCAAGUUAAUAAGUAAAACAUUAUGGCUACAGCAAAAUAAUCUCUUCACCGAAAGCUUUAAUUUACAAAAAAACAUAUAUAUAUAUAUAUAUAUAUAUAUAUAUAUAUAUAUAUAUAUAUAGUAAUUAUUUUACUUCUGGCUCAUACAGUUUGUAAUUUACUAUUUUUUCAAAAAAUCUUUUGCAGUGCAUAGGUAUACAAGCAGGCUUGAGGUGCCCCAUCAGCAUUCCCCAAGCAUAUCGACAUACUUAGAACAGUGGGACAUAUGAGAUAUCGUGCACAAUUUUAUGAAUAAGGUAGAAAAAAAAGCUAGGCAUUUGUGUCUAAACUCAUGACAAGACUUGAGGCUCAGAUAGUAAUUCAAUGCUAACACAUUUAAGAAAAGCACUAGGUAUUACCUCAGGCAUGAGAACGGGCUAUAUAUCACCAUACCCACUACAUUAUGAAAUAGCUUGAUGUCAAGUAGUGGAAACAAUGGACUAAAGAAAAAACUGAAAUGAUGAAAAAACUGAAAUGAAACCAAUCGCUAGGUGGUAGACAUUUGCAAAAAUUAACAUCACUGCUGUUAUCAAGUGGCAGAAGUAUUAUGCAUCAGUCCCCUUUCAGGAUCAGCCAACUCUGGUCUGCAGCUUUUUGCCUGUCCCAUCCACCUGGUUUUGUUUACAGGAUCGGGAGCCCCUGCAGGCCUGUGUGAGGGCUGGCAUCCAUAUACCACAAAAUUGGGUACUAUGGCAGUCUAAGCUUAUCCCCUGCAGAGGAUGGUUGGAGGAUGGUGAUGGUAUCCUCCGCUUUUCACGGGUAAUCCUCCUUCAUUGUGGGCGAUGCGAGUCAGGUAAGCCUCUUGUGGCUCUCGGUUUGGGAGGGCGUGCGAUAUGUUGUGCGGUUGUCGCAACUUGAAUCUUGCCCUUUCACCUCCGGUGGCAGUUUGUAAUUUUUCAAUUUUGGAAAUAGACAUUACUCUCUCUCAUUUACUUGAAGGGUCAUUUUUGUUAUUACUAUUAUUAGGUUUUAUAUGGAAUAAAAGUACACCUUCUUUGAAUUCUAUGGUUUUACAUAUAAGGCAUAAUAACAAUCAUCCUUUCUUAGCAGCUCUUAAAAUUAGGUAACUACAACCUCAGAUGAACAACAACACAUGACAUAUUAUACCAUGUCAUGAUGUAACAAACAUAAAGCCAAAAUAGAGAAGCCAUGUGUGAAAAAGCCAUGUGUGGAAAAAAAAAAGAGUUAGAUCUUAGACUCUACAAGCUUCUGUUAACAUGGUAAAUUUCAUGACAGUACAAUUAGAAAACCACUGCAAAAAUAUGGCUUGUUUGGAAAGGUUGCCAGAAGAAAGCCUCUUCUCUCUAAAAGAACAUGGCUUAGGUUUGCAAAGUUGCAUCUGAACAAACCACAAGACUUCUGGAACAAUGUCCUUCGGAUGAUGAAAAAUUAAUCAAGGUGUUGCAAUGGCACAGUCAAAGUCCAGACCUCAACCCAACUGAAAUGUUGUGGCAGGACCUUAAGAGAGCUGUGUGUAGCGGAUGGCACUGGGCUGUCCUGGGAAUUGCAUAGGUUUUAACUGUAUUCGUGUAAAUGGCAGGUUAUAUGGGUAGAAAAUGUGUUGUAUCCGUCUGAUUGUUCGGUUGAAUCAUUCUAACAACUAAGGGAAUGGAACUACCGCACAGUCAGACCUCCCCGGUGUGAAGUGUGCCUUCAAUUACCCGUUGCAACAUUGUUGGGCAGUAAGUCCUUUGUUCUCGGGGGUGGCCGCCAUUCGGGAAACGAAUACGUGGCGGCGGCCAUUUUAAAACUCCCGAACAGCGGUGUUUUGCCGUCGAGUGUCUGGAACCCAAAUCGGACACUCGACUAGGCGAACACCGCUGAGACCUCCACAAGCCCGGUCCGUUUGGUAGACAGAAACAACCGAAUGAGGGGAUUCAGGCGAACCCUCCCUGGUCUCUGUAACUGGAGGCUUUCGUGCACUUUGUUCCCUUAUGCCAGGACCGACCGCAGGGCCCCAUCGCAUGGAACCCAAUUCGGCUGUUCCCUCCAGCGUGGUCGGUCUUUUUAUUCCCUCCAUAAAUUUCCUGAACCCCUAGUCUGAUCUGGGUGAUUUUUGGAUAUGUUGUUCACCCAGAUCAGGGCUACCAGGGGAUGUAUCAUUUAAAGAGGAACCUCUAGGUUUAUGGGGUACAUCCAGAAACGGGGGGAAUUGGUGUCCUGGAUAAGGGGAUUAUGAGUCAGGCUGAGGGGAGGAGAUGUGUGGGAGGUUACCAGAACAGGAUUGGCUACUGUACUAAUUAAGGAAAACCCUCCCUUGCAUGGGAGCAUGCUUUAUAAGGCCACUGUACGAAUAAAGGUUUAGGUCUGCUCCUGAUACUGUGUGUCGUCCAGUUAUUGGGAGUGCUGUUGGGAUACUGCUGUAUUGUUUUGCCUGCUGGACACUUUGCCUCUGGAUUUAUAAUUACUUGUUCCUGAGCCUCACUGGGAUCUACAAGUGGAGGUAGGCCAUGAAAUACUAGCUCUCCGCUACACUGUGUAUAACAAAUUUCCAGCAAACCUCAAUGAUCUCAAGCAACAUUGUAAAGAAGAGUGGGUCAAACGGGGGCGGAACCUGGAAUGCCGAGCGCAUCAGACGUGCAUCACCUGAGCUCCACAGACCAGUAUUUUUAAUUGGCGAAACACCCGGGCCGCUUGCCACUCAGGACAGAUACCAGCAAUCUCCCAGACAAGGGGAAGCCGGUGUAUCUAACGGUACCAAAAUCUGCCAGUUUCGGACCCGGAAUGCUUCAAGAUUGCGGCGGGUAAACCUGCUGCAGACUCACUAAGCCGACUACAGACACUCGAGCAACGACCUCCUCGAUAAAUUCAAUGGGGCCCAAACUCAGAGGGAGCAGCUGAAAUCUAUUAAACUGUGAUACUCACCCCCUGAAAACCCGUACCAUAUAGCAGGCGGGAGGCGGAGACCGCACACAGAGUCUAGGAAACGGAAACCAGCGAAGCAGAGGCUACGGCCCAUAAAAUCCAACGCCCGCAUCUGCUUUCCUGGUCUGAGGGCCCAAAAGGGAACCACCCUGAUGCUUAUACCACAUAUCCAAUCAGGACACUUCCAUCUUACAAGCGUCCGGUUCCUCGUUUGCGGUGCUGAAAGCGACCAAAGCAGUGGGAAAUGCUCCACGUUAAUCGACUACACACAAACAUAGGAAAACUCACGCCCUUUUAAUUCAUUCAGUUAUAAGUCUGCAUAGCCUGUUUUGUACCUUUAACCCCUUAAGGACCAAACUUCUGGAAUAAAAGGUAAUCAUGACAUGUCACACAUGUCAUGUGUCCUUAAGGGGUUAAGAAAAUGUCCCAUUUCAUUCUUGUUUCCCUCUUCCUAUCCACCCUUAAAAUGUGCAGUCUAAUCAAAAUGCUGAUCAAUAGUUAUGUUUCUCUGUGCUGUGUGUUAAUCUUUAACCCGCAUGUGCUGUUGGGGCAUUGUAAGAUCUGCUAUGUUAUUAACAUGUAUGACAAAAAUAAAGAUUUACAAAAAAAAAUUCCUAAACAACAAUAUGAAAGACUGAUAAAAGUCAGACAACGAUUACUUCAGAUUAUUACUGCUAAAGGUACACGCUAUUGAAUCAUAAGGUGUACUUUUCACACAUGGCUUCUCCAUUUUUUUUGUUAAAUAAAUUGUGAUACUGUGUGAAGUGUGCCUUCAAUUGCCAUGUGUUGUUGUUCAUCUGAGGUUGUAUUUACCUAAUUUUUAGACCAGCUAAGAAACAUGAUUGUUAUUAUGUCCUUAUAUGUAAAACCAUAGAAUUAUAAGAGAGUGUACUUUCUUUUUCCAAUGACUGUAUAUAGAUUAUGAUAAUUAUAUACCUCCCAACAGUCACAGAUUUGGUGAUUUUGGGAUUGUGUCCCUCCAUCCAGGGUUUGUUACCUUAUUGAGACAGCAGGGACCAGCAAGAGAACACCUUUAGGUUGUGCUCAAGAUGUGCCCAGUACUUUUAGAGCAUCCAGCCCAUGGACAGAGAGUGUAGUGCUGAUCAAUGCCAUUGGCCAUCAUCCAGGUGUGCAAUAACUUCGGGCUAGCACUACCUCUUCUCUUUCACAGACAGACCAGAUCUUUGGCGCAUAAUCUGCUACUACCCUUGUGGUCAUACCUUACUGUCCCCUGUGAAAUUUCCCCAAUGUUUGGAGUUAAGGUUAUAGGAUACUAAUGUAACUAAUAUAAAUACCUGUUAACUAUUUAGAGUUUAUAUCUGUUUAAUAUAAUUAUAGCCAUGCCCUGUCAGAAUAAUACACAUUAUAUACAAAAUGCAGUUGGAUCCUGCCACAUCAGUGCAUAGGGAUGCAUCCAGUUCUAGUGUUCCAAUAUUUUUGCAGGAUGCUUAUAAAUCUGCAUUUUUUCCAGCAGGUGUUGAAAGUACCUAAAUUGACACUCCAGACCCCUAAAGCACUAUAGCUUGCUGAAAAGCUUUUUGUGUGAAGAGUGUUCUAUUUUUUUUAUUUUAUUUUUUUUUUUUGCAAAAAGGGCAAAUUUCAAUAGAAAUUGACACUUUUAUAAAUUAACCCCUUAAGGAUGGCGGGUGGCGUUCUAUGCCGUCCUUGGGGACCCGGUCCUAAACGCCGGCAGGCAACAUAGAACUUCCCCGCCGUCCUAUUCACUUACUCGGUCGCCGGCGAUUGCGGUGGGGGGACUCACCUGGGAUGAUAGGUACUCCCCCUGCUGCCUGAAAAUAGUAAAAUAAAGAAUUUAAAAACAGUUUAAUAUAAAAUAUAUACUUAUAUCAUAUAUAUAUAUAUAUACAUAUAUAUAUAUAUAUAACAGUUAUAUAUAACUGGCCAAAGUUAUCCUUAAUAUUUGUUUGUGAGUGAAAAAUGCAAAAAAUAAUUUGAGCGCCAAUUUUGUCCAGUGUUUGUGACUAAGUGGCUACUAAAAAAGACUGGACAUACCCCAUUUGCAAUACCUUGGGUUGUCUACUAUUGCAAAUGGUAUGCCAUCAUGGGGGUAAUUCUCAUUCCUGGGCUACCAUAUGGUCUCAAAGGCAACAUAACCAAUCUGGCAAAUUUCAAAGUGGAAAAAAAAAGAAAAAUGUAACAUGCUUUAUUUGACCCUCUAACUUCCCAAAACACAAUAAAACCUGUACAUAGGGGGUACUGUUUUACAUGUGAGACGUCGCUGAAUACAAAUACGUGUAUUUUAUUGCAGUAAAAGCAAACAGUAUUAUGACAUUCACAGUUAAAAUGUCAUGUAGAACUAAAAAAUGUUGUAAAAAUUCUUAUUUUCUCCCAUUUUUUUACAUUUUAUUCAUAUUAAAUUAUGUUUCAUAUCUAAGUAUUUGAUGUUAAAUGAAAGCCCUGUUUCCCCUGAAUAAAAUUAUAUAUAAUAAGUAUGGGUGCAUUUAAUAUGAAAGGGGUGAAUUACAGUUGGACAGACAUAUAGCGCAAAUGUCAGGUUUUGUUUACGUUUUGUUUUGAUCACAACGUGUACAUUUGGCUCAGUCCUUAAGGAGUCAACCUUGUUAACCUGUGUUUUCAAACAGACAACACAUCAUGUUACUUCCUGGUUUGGUUAGUUUAGUGGAUCUUAACUCAAGAGGCUGUCAACCACUGAGAGCACUUGCCUUACAAAGACUUCUCAUUGAGCUGCAUUGGGAAGUCUGUGAUUGGACAGUUACAGAAAGUAUGGACAGGGUUAGAAGGGGAGGGUUUGCAAAGGCAGCAGACAAGACAACUGCAGGUUUUGUGUGCUGUUUUUAGAUUUACCUCCAUUGAAAAAAUGUAUAAUUAAAUGCAUGCAAGUUUUCAUUUGGGGUCUAUCUACAAAACAGGGAUUUUUUAAAAUUUAUUUUGUAUUUGGGCAGUGGAUUGUUGCCUUAAAUUUAUUUUAUUAAACUAUUUUUUUUUUUCAUGCAGGUUGUGUGAGUCACAGCCAAGGGAGGUGUGACUAUGGCAGCAUAAACAGAAACAAAAUAAAUGUAACUCCUUAAGGACACAUGACGGAAAUAUUCCGUCAUGAUUCCCUUUUAUUUCCGAAGUUGUGUCCUUAAGGGGUUAACUCCUAAAUGGCAAAGAAUGGAGCAGUUAGGCUUCAAGUGCAUGAUCUAUAUAUAAAAGAUCAUAAAGCUAUAAGCUGUUUUGAUGCCUCUAGUAUCCCUUUAAGGCCAGAGUAGCCAAGUUGGAAACAUAGCUGAAUUGGGGAUUUUUUCCAAUUUAUCUAUUUAGAUAUUCACUUUGAAUUAUCUUUACAUUCUCACUGUAGUAAAUAACCUUGCAAAUCUAUGAACAUUGGCUCCUGGCAAGUGAAGCCCCAGGAGCUGAAGAGAAUCCAUUGGAUGCAAAUAGAAGCGGCCACGAUGGACAGCUUCAGGUAAGUAGAACUCUGCUUACCCUGCACCCUGUGGUUACUGGAACUAAGUGUUGAAGUUACAAUUGGGGGUUUUUACAAAUUAUGGAAAGACCACUGAAGGUGUAAGAGCCACUUAGGCAAACAUUGUAUUGGUGUUUAAAGCAGUAUUUUCCAAACUAGUCCUCAAGACCCACCAGCAGUCCAGGUUUUGUCAGUAUUUCCAUUGGAAUAAAACAGGGAAAUGCAUACAUCCUGGAUUAUUUGGUGGGCCAUGAUGACUGGUUUGGUAACCACUGGCUUAGACUGAGUAUCCCUUUUAGUAAAAAGUGCACUAAUUAAAUACCUAUACAUCGGUGACCUAUACAUAACCCAAAGGCAUUUGGGUGAAAUAUACAAAGUCCCAGGGGUAUUGUGGUAGCCUAUGUGUACAUCCUUGUGUAUUUAGCUGAUCUAUACAUAUACUAAGAAAGAUAAUAUCACUAUGUUAAAGGAUUACUAUAGGGUCAGGAACACAAACAUGUAUUCCUAACCCUAUAGUGUAAAAACCACCAUCUAGCCCCCAUGAGCCCUCAUGCCUCCCUAAAAAUAGCAAAAUAUUACUUUUAUUCAAGCCUGAAGCUCAGAAUAGUCAAAACCUGUCUGCUGACAUCAUCAGUCAGCCUGAUCAAAUCACAAUGCUUCCCCAUAGGAUUGGCUGAGACUGAUAAUGAGGCAGAUCAGGGGCAGAGCCAGCAUGAUUUAAAUAGCCCUGGCCAAUCAGCAUCUGCUCAUAGAGAUGAACCGAAUCAAUGAAUCUCUAUGAGGAAAGUUCAGUGUCUGCAUGCAGAGGGAGGAGAUACUGAAUGUUUGGAUGCAUUUUAGGCAGCCAUGACCCAGGAAGGAGAAAUGUGCUGUAAGCAAAGUUCUACUUACCUGAAGCUGUCCAUCGUGGCCGAUCCGAUGGAUUCUCUUCAGCUCCUGGGGCUUCACUUGCUAUUCACUUGCUAUGUUCAUAGAUUUGCAGGGUUAUUUACUACAGUGAGAAUGUAAAGAUAAUUCAAAGUGAAUAUCUAAAUAACAGCAAUCUAAGGAGUGGCCAGUGAAGUUAUCAAAAGAUGGUGUUUACAGCAAAAAGCCUGAAGGUAAUGAUUCUACUCACCAGAACAAAUUCAAUAAGCUGAAGUUGUUCUGGUGACUAUAGUGUCCCUUUAAUAUUAAAUAUACACAGUUCUGGCAGAUAAGAUCUGUAAAUCUCAGUUUUGCACAGCACAUUUCUGAGAUUAAAGUGUCAAUUGCAUCAAUGUCAGAGGCAUUAUAAACCACUGGUAACAAAAGUGUUAAAUACAUUCAAAGCUGCUCUUUCUCUCACAGUGCUGGCACCGGAAAAUGAUGCCAAUUAUUCCACUAUUGUUCUGGAGAUAGCAAGCCUGGCACCCUGAUAAUGGCUUACACAAAAUAAUUGUCUGUGUCCUUCCUACCACAUCCCCUCUCUGAUGUUUCUUCAAACAGGAAGGGACCCCACCCUAACACACGCUUUAAUCACAGGCACACAGGAGCAGAGGUCAUCCUCCACCUUCAGGGGCAAAGUACAGACGAAGUGGUGUGUACCAUUAAGCCAUCAUGUUCCAUUAUACUAUUUUGGAAGAGGGCACAUAGCUAGUGAAAGUUUAGUAGGAUGUUUCCUGAAUUAAUGUGAGAUAUAUGCAUUGGACACAUGCCAGAGAUGCUCACACCUCCCUGUCCCAGGAGUGUAAAAAGCAGCACUGUAAUCUAAUCACAUGUAGAAUACUAUAUAUAAUAUCAGGUUUAUAAUAUUCCAAACCAAGGAAUCAUUGGAAAAUUACAACGGUUUUAUUUAUAGAAUGUUUUUUUCUAGGUGUGUACUAGGCUGUUACUUGUAAAAUACAAUUUUGCCUCUGUAUGUUACUAUUGUUAUUUUUCCCCCUUUCCACUUCUAGCCCCAACCCACAGUCCCUUCCAGCCUUCUUGCAUGUUCUGCUAUUCCUGCCCAACACAGUUACCGCUGUUCUCUUUUCAUUAGCAGAUGGAACAGAGCAGAGGAUUCUGGGAAGCAGCACAAGCCUUAGAGCAUAGAUGGGUUUAAUUAGUGGCAAUCCCAGCAAUGAAAGGAAAGCGACAAACACCCAUUGAGAGAGGAAGAAAAGAGGAAGAAAAAAAAAGAAAAACUCAGAAAAAAGAGGGAAAUGGCCGAGAGGUAUGCUGUGUUUAAGCAUUAAACCUUAUGAGUCCUAUAGGGAUGGUUUGCUGUAUUUCAUUACUCCCAUGACCCUUGAAGGGUUAGGUGAUAGUAAAUUGUGGAUUGAAUAGUGUUUAAAUUUUUUCUUUUUCUUAUCCUAUCUUUUAUGCAGAGUUUGAAUAGUCUUAGUUAUAAAUUGAGUUUCAUUCAUUUAAUUCUUCAUGUGACCAUGCUGCCCCUUUAAUUAAAGACACUUUUAUAAUAGAUGUUUCCUGGAGUGCAGCAAUAAAUUCCAUGCAGUGCUGUAGUAUACAUUACAGGUUAAUGAAUGAGCUCUGUGGAAGGUGAAAUUGGUAAGGUUUAUUUAUAUUUUCAUACUGCAAAACCAGAUUGACAUCCAUUCAAAAAGUAGCACCGUCUCUCAAUUACAAAAGUAAGUUAAUUCAAAUUCCCAGAGGAACGCUUUUUAGUUGGAUGAAAUGGUGACGUAGUGCAUUAGGGGGAUUCCUAGAAGAGAAUGACAUAGUUUCGAGCCCACAAGUAGGAGACAGUGCCAGUAAUUUGAGUGCCCCCUAAUUAGCACAGAUUAGGAAUUUCUGGUGUUUUUGUUAUAUAUAUAUCAUACUGGCAAAUUAUCAGUCUAAUUGCAGUAACAUGUUAUGUAAACAUGUAACCUAUCACUUUUUAAUUAAGAUUUUCUGUGGCAAGAGAAUCUUUUGCACUUUGAUGGUAUACACACACAUAUGCACUCCGCUUGUAUGCUGGACAAUAAGGGUUUAUUUACUAAACAUUAAAUUCAACAGUGAAUUGCAAAGUGUACACUCAUAUAGAGGAUAUGGAAAACUCCCCACCUUAAGCAGCUUUCCCCCAAAAUGUAGUAGUUUGCUUUACAGUACACUAAAUCACUGUUUAGUUAAUAAACCUCACUGGUUUAUUUAAUGCAUGGUGACAUUAAAUGAAGGAACUCCUACUUCUCCUGCAUGCACCAUUCCCCUAGUUUAAACAUAGAUGUUGACGGCAGCUUUAAACCACUUGGCAAAUAUAGCCUACCCUUCCAAACAGUUUAAGCUUUCAGCCAUCACUGACGCUGUUUCUGAAUCUUUUCAGGAUAUCUUGUCACAUUCCUGGGCUUUUCGGAAUCCCAGCCACUUUACUCUGCAUUGAUUAUGUGAGAAGUCCAUUCUGUCUACCACAACUUUCACCAAAAGGUAAAAUUCUAUUGUUUUGUCUAUUUAUAUCUAAAUAUACAUUUAUUUAAAUGCAUCUGAUUUUACAAGAUUCCAUUAAUUUGUGUUUUUUUUGUUUUUGUUUUUUUUUCUAAACUAGAAGUCUAACCAUUUCUGCAGGUGCAGGAAUGGCUUGAAAACAAAUCCUAUUAGCUAGCCGUGAUGUGUGUGUCUGUAUACUAUGAAUGUAAAAUCUGGUAUUUUUGCUUUUACGUCAUCUCCUUGAAAUAGUUGUAACUGCUUGCCUGUUCAUGUAUUGCAGCAGUGAAGGUGUUACUUUUGUUCACAAAGGUUUCACAAUAAACCUGCUUUUGCUUUAUUCAAGUGACUGCUGCUGUAAUGCUUGGUAACCCUAUACCUACUGUUCCUUCUUGUUUUGCUACAACUGCUGACCUUUUCGGGGAUUCCAUCUGCAUUAGAAAGGGUUAAAAAUAGACACCAGUGAGGAGAAAUGCUCUGUCUUUUUUAAAGCACUGACAGGUUUAACCUCAUUCCAGAAGCCUCUGGCUGUCAGGUGUGGGGCGCAUGUGUCAGUCAGAUGAUUAUGAUUUGGACACCCUAAACGGAAUCUUAUCUGUGCCGCCUUCUCCCCUCCUCUGUCUCUCUCCUUCCUGCCCAGGUGAGAAUCGUGCUUGCAAGCAGGGUCCUGGAGAUAGACAAUGUGUGGUGAAGCCUGCACUGGACUUUGAGCAGGUAAUAAACUGGGUGUCAUUCCAUCACUGAGAGAAAGCGUGUAAGAUGUGUUUUGAAAGGGCUGAUUGGAACUGAAGCAGUGGCAUAGAGAGCAAAGGAGCUUUCUAGUAAGACUUUCCGAAUUAAGCUGCUGGGGGGGGGGGAACAUUUAGGACAAGUAGUGACUUGAUAAACAGAGGAGGAAAUAUGGAAGAACAUGUGAGAGAGAAGGUUAGAGAAAGAGACCAAGAGUUGAUGGCAUUUUCCUUUUGGCUCAUUACCAGAUGAAUCUGGUAAUUAAAAAUCAGCACAGAUAAAUUGACUGCAUCUGCUGGCACUCUGCCAAGCUGUGUUUGUCUAACUGCAUGUCUCUAAUCAAUAUUCUACCCUACCUGUCAUACUUUUGUCUGUCUCACAAUGUAGGGGUCCCUCCCCCCUUCCUGCUUAUCUUUGAUUCUGUCUAUUUCCCACUGUCAGCCUCCUGCAUACCUGUAUGUCUCACUGCCUGCCUCCUUUAACCUAUCUCUUACCAUGACAUUGUAUUUCAAUUCAAUCACCUGUACCAGAAAUGGGGAUAUCAGCUGAGUAUCGCUACUUGAUGAUUUCCACCUAGAUGGCAGAGCCUUACAAAACAUUGUUCUAUCCUUAUUUCACAGGAGGUGGCAGUUUACAGGUUUACUUUAUUCAACUCUUAUGUAUCAGAACCACUUUUAGCCAAAUACCUCUGUCAUAUGCCACUGCUGCUUUAUUGGCAUCCUUUAAAAAUGUCAAAAGAUGCUCUGACUUGAUGAUCUUGUGCCCAUCCCAAAAAGACAUUCUUUGACACAUCGACGUGUGGACAAAACAAUGCAUAAUUAUUAUUUGCUCCUGUACUUUUCAUUCAGCCAGUCCUUCAAUAUAACGAUGCAAACAGCCGCAUCUACUGUGAGCGAAUAUACCCGCGGUAGGUUAGUAACUGGGACAGAGAAUUGCACAAUUCUGGAAAUAAAUUCUGUGGAACUAUGAUGGCAAAGUGCCUCAGCUGCUGAAGCACCGUAGCUACGUUCAUCCUUUGCCUGUCUUGCAAAGCAUGAUGGGAGUUGCAGUUCAACCGCUGAUGGAGGUACUUUUGGCCAUGCCUGCUUUAGGUAAAAUACAGGGAGUUCAUUUGGAUUUGCAAAUGUAAAGCUGCUUCUUGAGGAGGUGUACUGGAGCAACAAAGUAAGAAUCAUCGACUGAGGAGCUUUGUGUGUUAAGGAAUUUAUAACUGGUAUAACAGUAGACCUUGCAGAGCAGGAUGGGGGGUAUCACUCAACACACUGCAAUUGGGCGUAUGGUGUGUAGAAGGAAGGUUGUGUCAGUCAGCAGAAACCUAGAUUAAAUUUCAGAACAGGAUGGAGGAGCGUCUGCAGAGCUGUGUGUAGACUGGAGUGGCACUGGAAUUUCUGUGUAUGUUUCAGUAUUAUGAACAUAAACUGAAAGAGUUAAACAAUGUUCAGGAAGCCACUGGGUGGGUCAGACUUCAGACAACCAGAAAUAAAGAUGGAAAAUGCUAAUAAACUCAGCUAAUAAGUAAUUAUCUGCAGGAGCAAGUUCUGAAGACAGGGAAAGGGUACAGACAGACGUGGAGGGUGAUGCACAAACAAUAUUGAAAGCCAUACAGGAAAGGAAAGACCGUGCACACCCAGAGCAAUGUAACUAAGAUGGGCUAGUGAGGCAGAAGGAGGGAUGAGGACUAGGGAGGGACUCUGCUUUGAGGAUUCAAUCUGAAAAGCAACCUGAACGGAAGCUCUGAGAAGAAAUUGAGUAGAAGAAGGGAGAGCGUGAGACUUAAAGCUUGCUUCGACAUCAAGUGAGAAUGUUUUAAGAUCCACUGUAAACUGAUGUUGUGGAGUCAGAUAUAUUAUUUGAAGAUGGCUAGAAUUCAGGGAUUCAUAUUUUACCGUUCUAGGUAGCUGAGUUAUGUUGUGGGGGUCUUAACUGAUGCCUAAUUAGUUCUCCUGUUAAGGAAGAUAUCCUGCUUGUUGCUUGGAUACAGCUAAUAUUGGGGUAUCGAAUAGGAAUGAUAAUGUUUGGAUACAACUGAUAUUGUGUGUGUGUAUAACUCAUGCUGAUCUAUGAGAAUCUUACCUUGGUAAGUGUCUUACUUAAAAUUGUAAAGGGCUUUGGUUAAAGGGGGAAUGAAGUAAACUUGUGAAUGAGGUCGUAAGAGACUUUCUGGAGUGUAUUCGGAGUGGAUGUAUUGUCGGAUAUAUCCGUGUUGUAUGUGUGUCUUUGAGCUGGAGCUGUGGAUUUUUGAAAGGAGAAAAUGAAGGAAGGCAGACAUGGUUCAGAAGAGGCCCUCGAAUGAUGAAGAGAGGUGAGGUUUAAUUUCAUUGUGAGUAAGGUGACCUGAUUCUGUCAUGAUAUUCUAUAGAUGAAAUGCGUUUCUGCUGGUGGCCUGAUAUGGCUUAUUACAUUUGACUAGCAGAAUAAUAGUUUGGUCCUGACAUGUCUCGGUGUUAUUUGUGUGUACAGUAUUGUACUUUUAGCUACAAUGUUGCUGCUUUAUAUUACAGCUUUAUAACAUUCCUCCGCUUUUGUUCUGUUGCUCUGGUACAGGAAUAGUUCAUUAGGGAUAUCCUGUUACUGAAAGUGUUUGCUGAAACUACUUUGGCUCUGGAGUAGUCCAUUGAGAAUAUACAGGUACUGAAAGAUUAUUUGAUAAUGUGCUGAUACUGAUCCUCAUGUGAUUUUUCAGAAAAUGAAAUGAUUGAGCAAAGCUCUGUGCCUGAUUCUCUUACAGGAAAAUUCAGAUAUGUGCUCCUGUUGGGAGACUUGUUUAUUAAUCAAAAAUAUGUCUGUGUAUUAUUAUGAAAUGAUUCAUUGGUGCUAACUUAGAACUAGGAUGGUUUUAAAUAUUUUUCUACAAUAACUAUUUAAUAGUGAUUCUGAAAUGACAUAGUAAUAAAGGGUGUGUGUGUGUGUGUGUGUGUAUAUGUGUGUGUAUAUAUAUAUAUAUAUAUAUAUAUAUAUAUAUAUAUAUAUAUAUAUAUAUAUAUAUAUAUAUAUAUAUAUAUAUAUAUAUAUAUGAUGUGGAUUGUUCAGUAAGGGCACUUAUUUAUGAGGCAUUGAGGUGGUUUAGUAAAGAUGUUGUAUUACUGAGAUGGUUCAAUGUAGUAGCUGUUGUAUUGUCACAGUUCAGUGAGGUGGCUGUGUUGCUGGCAUAGAUCAGUAAGAGUGGUUUCAGUAAGGAUGUUGUAAUGCUCCAUUAAACCGUAAGGAUGCUGUGGUAGUGAGGUAGUUCAGCAAGGAUGCUGGGGUAGGUGGGGCAUUCAGCAAGGAUGCUGAUGUCGGUGGGCAUAUCAAUAAGGAGGAUGCAGUGGUGGCUCAUUAAGGAUGCUGUGGCUGUAUGGUGGCUCAUUAAGGAUGUUGUGGUUGUGGUUGUGUGAUCAUUCCAUUUUGAUGAUGGUAGUGGGGUCAUUCAAAGUGGAUGAUGUAGUGGGGGCAUAUCAGGAAGGAUAUUGUAGUAGGGUGGAUAAAUAUGGGUUCAAAUUUGUUCAAAUUGAUUCUCUACUACUUGGGGCAUUGUUUAGAAGAAGAGGAGUGCUUCAGAAUGGAGUACCCCAUUAGUUCCCGAUUCAACAAUGUUUGACUUUGAUUAAUAAAGCUUAGGAGCAUUCAUAUUAGAAAGACAAUUCAGUAAAGAUGCUCGUAUCCAUGAAUGAUUUACCAAGGAUGUACAGAAAUAGUUUUUUUAUUUAUUAUUUUUUUUUUUUAAUUAUUAUUAUUAUUUUAUUUAUUUUUUAUAUGAGUGAUCUAGUACUGGACCAUGAUCUUCAAUAUGAUACUGUGCUAUUGGUGUGACUUGGCAAGAAAGCUGUUGCACAUGUUUAGUAAAAACCUUCUGUUUAAGUAUGAUAAAAUGUACCUGCUUCAGUAAAGGUUCUAGAAUGACCCAGUAAGGACAUUUUAGUACCAAGAUGGUCAUAUGUAUACUCUGGUCUUGAAGUUGUUCAGUAAAAAUACUCUGUUAAUGUUAUAGGCACAACAACAAUAAUUUUGGUAAUCUAGCAUUAUUUGGUAAAGCGGAUCAGAUGUUUAAACAUUAAAGCAGCCCUGUACUGUGAUGGCUCAAUAAUGAUACUAGAUUCCAGAAUUGUCCAUACUCUUCUACAAAGAUGGUUUUGUAAGUAUGCUUGAGUUUUGCAAUGUUUCUGUAAGACUUCUGAGCGACAUUUUUUUUAUUAUUAUUUUUUUAAUAUAUAUAACUAUGCUCUUGUUUUGGGAUGACGUAGUAACAUUCUAGCACUGAGAUGGCCAAUCACAGAUGCUCUGCUACUGAGAUGAUUCAGUAGAGUGGAUCUUCUAGUAGAUGGGACGAAUUACCUUUUUCUGAUACUGAUUUAGUUAUGUUUGGAGAAUUUGGCAUCAAAAUGGGUCAGUAUUCUGACUUUGGCAUCAACAUUGUUCAGUGCAAAAUAUUUUUGUAUGGAAAACAAAAUUGUUCACCAUGGAUUUGUUGCUGCUGGAGUAAAUGUUGCAUAGUAAGUUGAUUCAGAAGAGAUUUGUUGAUACUUAAGUGCAUGGCAUUGUGCUGCCUGGGUCCAAGGAUGAUAUGCUGCCCCCUCCCCAAAACCAAAAUAUACCCACUUCCAUCAUGUUUCGUCAACAUAAUUUAAAACGAAUAUGAAACCUAAUGGGACACACAUAGUCACCAGAACCAUUUCAGCUUAAUGAAGUUCUGGUGUCUAUAGCCUGUCCCUGCAGGCUUUUUUAAAAGGCAGUGUUGACAGUGCUGCCUAGAAACAUUUCUAGUGGCAUUCACUCAGACUGCCACUAGAGGUGCUUCCUGUGUCAACUGAUUCAAUGCGUCUCUAUGAGAAGAUGCUAACUGGAACAGUGUGUAAUUUUUCCAUGCAAUAGCCUCCCAAUGCUAUUCCUAUAACUCAAACCCCACCAAUAUUUUCUCAUGUGCGGGUGCUCCAGACAUAUGUUAAAGCUGCUGAGAGCAUCCUCUCUACCUAAGCUGGCCGCAUAGAAUUUACACCUUUGGCCGAGAGAUAAUCGGUAUGGAGACAUGCAAUAUGCUGCCCCUCUUAAAGUGCUGUCUGGAGCCAUGGCCCCACUGGAACUUAAGGACAGGCCACCCUUGCUUAAGUGAUUAACAAUGAUGAUUUGGUUCUGGGAGUUUUUUGGUUUUGGUUUUUUUAAACUCUGAUAACAGAAUGUUUUAGUAAGCAUGAGUUCUAAAACUGCUUCUAUAAUUAUCGCAUAGAUCAAUAAAUUCAAAGAUUGUGAUAGCAGAUAUCCUGUGUGCUGUAGGUUUAAUAUUUUAAUGUUCUGUUGGGACAUACUGGCAAUUCCAUUAGAACUGCGCAGAAGGUUUUAUCAUGCUCUCUUACAUGUUGUAUUAUUACUUUCCAUUAAAAGCUAUGCAGAAAGUUCUAGCAUGAUCUAUUAAUACUUGCCAUUAGAGUCGUACACAGAGUCCUUCCAUGUGCCCAACUCUGUUAACUCCUGCAAUUCUUACUCCUAAUUUAGAGGGGAAAUGAAUAGAAAUGAGAAUACGUACAGUAUCUUCACCUUGUGUGUUUUUUUUUGUUUUUUUUUAUAUCUUCUGCAGUACAGGCUCCUUAUGAUGAGGAGGAGCAAAAUGUUAUCACAAGGACAUUAUUACACAUAAUGAAAUCUUCAAUGUGUUAUUUGUUUUUUCCACUCAGACAUUAUUUCAGACAAAUACUUUUUGUUUAUAAGUAAAAAUAUGUCAUCCUGAAUUUUUUUUUUUUUUUUUCACCAAACGCCAAAUUCUAGAGAAUUGAAAUUCUAAUAGCAAAGUUUAGAGUUAAAGGUCUCUAAAAAAAAUUAUAAUCCGUUCCCCUCCCCCACCACUACAUUUAGCAGUAUGAUUUCCUCACUCCCCCCUCCAUUCCCAUAAUGGUUCUGUACUUAAACCAAAUAAGCCAUUCACCUUCCUACUUGAAAUAAUAUUCUCUUGUUUUAUGCUUCAUUUUUAAUUAAUCCUGUUUCCUUGCCAUUUGCUCAAUCAAGAUAUACAUGAGGUUACUUUAAUACAGAUGAUUCAGUAAAAAUAUUCCUGCACUAGGAUGGUAUGUUAAAGUGUCUCUGUCCUCUUUAGAGGUCUUUGCAUUCUGCAAAGACUCCCUAAUUUGACAUCUCACUUGAGGUGAAGAUACCUAGGUGUACAGAGAUGUAAAAGCUUGAAGCUGUUCCCCAUGGGCAUCUCCAUGUUUUUUCUUCCUCUCAAAUGCCAAGAGCCAGUAUAGCCAGUGCUGUACAAGAGUACAACACCAAUAUCUAUAGAAGCCUCCAUGGAAUAAGUGUCGUGAUCCGUGGGAAGGCGCCUGAUUCCCAUAGUCCCUAGCAACAGUUGGGGGGGAACUGACAGACGCUGACAGCAAAAGCACCUCCUCCUCAUAGUAGUCCCUACUUUGUCUUAUUUUUUUUUUUUUGACAAUCUUUAUUUUCAAGUUUUAUCAUUUUUUCAAGGAAAGAUGUAGUAACGGUAUAACGUCAAUUUUAACAUCAGUUUUCUGAAUAGCUUAACAACAUUCGUCACCAUUGUUUUAACAUUCUCAAAACAGUUUUCUCAGACAAUAUUUCUAUAGUUUCCAUCACAUGCAUUAGGUAGGAUUAUUUAAGGUCAGGUUUCUAGUCUCGCAUCCCCACUAGCCUACAAUGCGCAAUUUAUUGCACCUAUGGUGUGCGCUUUACGUGUAGGGUAUGAAUCGGUGUCUAGUCUGGGUGCUGUGGGGGGUAAGUUUUCUGACACGCUACAUUUCUCAUUUCACGUUUCAUACCAAUAGUGUCCGGAACUUUUUUGUCGCUUGACAUGUGUAUAUAUAUGUAUAUAUUGUUGGGCAUGGUAUAGGGCCACGCUAGCGAGAAAAGAUAUCUUUAGUGCCUUAACUCCUCCCCAGACUACUCAGCACUUAUUAACAUUCAAGGCCAUCUUGUCGCCUGGUUGAGAGCAAAGUGUGAUGGUUUAGGUUAAAUUCCCCACUAUUGUGGGUUGGCAGUUGCUAGUGUAUAUAUUUGUAUGCCUAUCGGUAUAGUUUGUCAUACGGGAGGAUACUCUAGGUAUCAGUCUAGGAGGCCAUGAGGGGAUAUUUUCAUGCCGGUAUCAGCUCUAGGUUGGGUCUCGGUUUCCUGUGUAUAUUACACCUGUGAUUACAGUGGGUGUGCGUAUUGAUAAGCCCCAUUUACGAGCUCGUCAGAGUCGGUCGUUGGGGUUCAGUCCAAUGUCCAGUCUCGGGAAAGGGUCAGGAGGUAGGGGACCUUGGAGGGAGGGGUGGCCGGGUGGCUUAGCUCUGUAUGAGUCGGUCAACUGCGGGCCUCUGGGGGGCCGUGUUUGGGUUUGCUUAUCUGUUGGCUAGGUAUGUUUCCCAAGGGUACCAGGUCAGUGCACAUUGCUCCUGUCUACCGUGUAGAUCCGCAGUUAAGGACUCCAUGGAGUGGAUCUCUUCCACCCUUGUCACCCAUUGCUGGAGGGUAGGCACCCCCCUCUGUUUCCACAUCACCGGGAUAAGGGCCUUUGCCGCGUUGAGUAGUGGCAGCAAGAGGGAUUUCUUAUAUGUCUUAACGGGUGUGGGGGUGUGGUGUAAUAGCAUCGUUAGGGGUUCUAGGGUUAGCUCCGCACCUGUGAUUUUGUUUAUCUCUACCCUGAUCCUCUCCCAGAAUGUGGUAAUCUCGGGGCACUGCCACCAGAUGUGGAAGUACGUGCCGGUAUGCAAGCCGCAUCUCCAGCAGGUGUCCGGGGCACCUACGUUCAUGCGAUUGAGUACGUCAGGGGUUCUGUACCAGCGUGUUAAAAUUUUGUAGUUCAGCUCCUGGUACUUGGAGCUGAUAGAGCAUUUGUGUGUGAGAGUGUAAAUCUUGUCCCAGUCUUGCACAGUAAGGACUUCCCCCGAGUCUCUCUCCCAAUGAUCUUUAAAUUUGAGCACCACAUCUUCGUUAGUUUGGGUCUUGAGUAUGGUAUGUAUAGUGGAGAUACCUCUGUGUACGUGUGUUCGGUGUACGCACAGGUGUUCAAAGCUGGUGAGGGGUCUAGUCAGGUGUCCUCGACCAUGUAAGGAUAUGAAGUACGUCUUAACUUGGUGGUAUCUGAAUUGUUCAAGUAUCGUCGGUGGUCUAUCUGGGCAGAGGUUUCUGAGUGGUUUAAAUCCCUGAGUGUCGAGCCAUUGGUGCAGGUACAUCCAGUCUGCCUGCCGGAGGCCGGCUAGGUCUUGUGGGGUUAGAGCAUCGGCCAGGUCUGGGUUAUGUGUGAUGGGUGUCAAGGGGCUAGGAGAACUUGUGAGUUGCAGUCGGUAGCGUAUAGCUAUCCACACUCGGAGCGUGGCGUCGAUUAGUGGGUUCUCGGUGUGCAGGUCGUUGUAUGUGGCUGUAUGUAGCCAAAGCCUAGAGGGUAUUUUUCUAUCAGUUUGUUCUAGCUCAAUGGUCACCCAUUGUUUUAAUGGUUGUUGUGCAUGCCAGUCCGUCAGUCUGUGCAGGUGAGCGGCGCGGUAAUAUGUCUCUAUGGAGGGCAGUCCCGUGCCCCCCAUCAGUUUUGGUAGUUCCAGGGUUGAUUUUUUAAUUCGGGUUGGGCGAGAGUUCCAGACGAAUCUGCGGAUGGCAGUCGUCAUAGAGCUAAAAAAGGCUCUGGGGAGAGUAAUUGGCACUGUUUGGAAUAGGUAGAGUAUUCUGGGUAACACGUUCAUUUUAAUCGCAUUGAUACGUCCGAACCAGGAGAUGUAAUAUGGGGUCCAUUUCUUAAGGUCCGUCUGAAGUGAGAGUAGGAGAGGGUGAUAGUUAUGGUGGUAUAAUUGGGACGGGUCCUUGGUCAGCCAUAUGCCCAAAUAUUUUAAUUUAGUUUCGCACCAUUUAAACUUGUAUUGGGUGUGAAGGUGUGUUGGGGGGCCUGUAGGGGGUGGGAGGUGGAGAGCCUCGGACUUAUCCGUAUUAAGUUUAAGAUUAGAGAGUGCCCCAAACUCUUGGAAAGAUGCUAGGAGGUUGGGCAGUGAGAUCAAUGGCUGUGUAAGAAAGAACAGCAUAUCGUCUGCAUAUGCGGCUACCCGGUAUUCGUGACGACCAAGGUCAAAUCCAGAGAUUCCCCCAUUCCGUCUGACCGCCCCCAGAAAUGGUUCCAGGGAGAGGGCAAACAGGAGGGGGGAGAGCGGGCAUCCCUGGCGGGUGCCAUUCCUGAUAGGGAAAGGGGCUGAAAGUGCCCCGUUAAUGCGGAUCCUCGCAGUGGGGCACGUGUACAGUGAGAGCACCCAGGCCAGCAUGUUGGGGCCAAAUCCCAUGUGUGUAAGGGUACUCCUCAGAUACGCCCAGCUCACCCUGUCAAAAGCCUUUUCGGCAUCAGUGGAAAGUAGUAGAAGUUCUCUACGGCGCGCUCGUGCUAUGUGUAGGAUGUUCAGGGCCUUAAUCGUGUUGUCUCUCCCUUCCCUUCCCGGGAUAAACCCCACUUGAUCCGAAUGUACCAAGUGGGGGAGGUGUUUUGCAACUCUCAGGGCAAUGGCUUUUGCGAAUAGUUUCAGGUCUGCGUUUAGUAGUGAUAUGGGGCGGUAGCUCGCGCAAUUCGUCGGGUCCUUGCCCUCUUUUGGUAUUACAGUAACUAUGGCUGCUAACGUGUCUGGGGGAAAGCGCCCCCCCUCCAGUAUGGAGUUGAGGCCCAGUAAGAGAUUUGGUAAUAAGAUGUCCCUGAACGUACGUAAGUACAUCAGGGGCAGUCCGUCAGGUCCAGGGGCCUUAUGGGAUUUGGAGAUUUUUAGGGCUGCCGCCAGCUCCUCCAUGGUGAGGGGUUGGUCUAGGUCGUCCCGCAUUUCCGCGGUCAGCUUGUUAUCUAUAUUUUGUUCCAGGAAUUCAGUAAUUUGGCCGGUCUGUCGUGCGCGGGCAGCGUCAGUGUUGGGUUGGGGGAUAUUGUAUAGGUCCGUGUAGUAGUCUACGAACGCACGCUGAAUUCCAUCCGGCAUUCGGGUUUCAGCUUUGUCACUGGGCUUAAUUUUGUGUAUGUGGCUCGCCAUCCGACGGUCACGGAGCUGGCGGGCUAGCAGUCUGCCACUUUUGUCCGAGUGCUCAAAAAAGAACCGGGCCGAUUUUCUAAGGGUGCGUAGGAGACCCUGAGCUAAUAUGUCCCUUCUCUGUCUCCGGAGCGCUGUUAGCUGGAGGAACGUGUCCUCAUCCUGACUUUGUUUAUGAGCUUGCUCUAGGUUGGCUAUUUGAGUGUUUAAUGUUAUCAGCUGUCGUGUAUGUUCUUUCUUCCAUUGUGUACAGACCUUAAUAUAGUGUCCCCGUACUACACACUUAUGUGCUUCCCAUACCGUCAAGGGCGAGACAUCGGGGGUUGUGUUAGUGUCGAAGUAUUGUGUUAGAGUUUGCCUAACCGGGUCAGUGUCACCCAGGUUAAGCAGCAUAUUCUCAUUUAGCUUCCAGUGCCUUUCCGCUGGUUUGUGUAGUGGGGAUUGGAUCUGGGCCGAGACCGGGGCAUGAUCGGACUCCGCAAUCAGGCCUAUGCUAGCCUUGCGGAGUAGUGUCAGGGCUUCCUGUGCCAGAAAGAUAUAGUCAAUCCGACUGUAUCUCUGAUGUACAGCUGAGAAAUAGGAAUAGUCCCUGCCAUCGGGAUGCGCCGCCCUCCAGCAAUCCACUAGUCCACUCCUUGUCAGAGCUCUCCCGACUGCGCGUAUGCAAUGACCUGGUAUUGAGCUUUCUCCCCUUGAGGUGUCUAAUCUGGCGUCUAACGGAGUGUUAAGAUCUCCUGCCAUAAUUAGUAAGCCCUCUCUGAACUUGUUGAGCAAAGUGAGUGUUUUAUUUAGGAAGACAUGUUGGUUACGGUUCGGUGUAUAGAGGCAUGCGAAUGUGUAGGGCUGUUGUGCUAUGGUUCCUUUAAUGAAUAAGUAUCUACCGCCUGGAUCUAUUCGUUGUUCUGUGCAUACGAACGGGAUAGUAUAUGAAAAGAGGAUCGCCACCCCCGCUUUUUUUUGGUCGGCAUGGUUGGAGUAAUAACCUGUGGGGAACCUUCUGUUUUUCAGGGUGGGGGCCUCCACGCCUUUAAGAUGCGUUUCCUGCAAAAACGCCACCGAGAUGCGUUCAGCCCAGAGAGUACUGAGUAGCUGAGACCGCUUCUCGGGUACGUUUAGACCUCUAACGUUGUUCGACCACAGGUUAAGCGGUGCCGGCACAUAGUUAGUGCCCAUCCCUAGCUAUGCGUGGGAAGGGGUAUGGGUAGGUCAGAGUAUCACGGGGUAAGGUUCGGGGGGGGGGGGAAGUAGGGUAGUCCAGUCAAAGUCAGGGCAGGUUAGUGGGUCGGGAUCUAGGUGACUACGACUCGCCUCGGGGUCAGUCGCUUCCCUGUGUCUAUUCCCUUCGGGGUAUGUCACCAGAGUAGCCCCCGAGGGUUUGUACAGUGUGAGUCUGUCACGUGAGGUACGUGGGUCGUCCGUUCUUGGGUGAACCGUCAUCUGGAUCGCACUGCUCUCACGGCACCCAGCUCACUGUAUUUGUUUAAUUGGAAUUUUCCCUGUGGGUAUGGUGAAGUAGUACGAGGGUACCCCCUCCCAUUAUCCCUUUUCCUCUCUGUUCUUGAGGGUCUGAGUAUUGCGUGUCUAGUCGGUAAUCGGGCCCUGUAGCUACCUAACGGGUCCGGCCUCCCCGGGUGUCCCCGCCCCGGCCUAGCCCCCCUGGCUUCGUGGGCUCAGGUGUGUUACCCGCCCCCUUAUGUAGGUGUGUGCCCCCCUAGGAGUGGUAUAAAGCCUGUGAACUUAAUCAAUAACAAUAACAACAAGUACAACUGUAAAGACCAGACCACCGCUUCUGGCGUUCCCCGCUCCCCCCUCCCAAGAAACCAUACCCCCCUCCUCUGCUCCCUAUUCCAGCUGGGGGAAGUGGAGUCCUCUCCUGCCUGUUGGCUUGCUAGUCCCUUCUGGGGAUGGGCGGAGCUUGAGUCUCGGGGCCCUCUGGGACAUCAUGGGACUGUCCAGACUUUAUCCUGGGGUGCCAUUCAAGUAGUUGGAGUCCGCCAAUGCCUCCCCUCUACCCCAACCACCCAAAAGGGGGGAUUCUAUGGGCAAGAGCCCGAGUCUGUAUAAAUCUGGGGGGGAUCCCCUCCGUGUCAUCAUCGUCCCCAGGUGGUACCUGAUCCCCAUAAAUCCCACCACCCCAAGAAAUAUGUGGCCCUCCAUAGUCUCAAGUCCCUGCAACUCUGACUUGUGCGUAACUGCUACGGGCCCAGGGUAGGGGUGUAAGUACAUACCCAGCGGUGUGUCAGCUUCUGCUUACGGAGGUUGUUUCUCCGCAUCAACCUUGGGGGAGCGCUCCGGUGGUCCGUCUCACUGCGGCGUGGUUUCUGGGGUUGAAUGGGGGUGUGAAAACUGGGGUAUACCUCCGUCGGUGGGUGCGCCGGUCGCUGCCCCCUAGGGCUCUUGAAUCUGCUAUUCUUCAUGGCUAUCCGGGCCACCUCUGCGGAACCCAGUUCCUGUAAGGCCCGUACCCGGCCUGAUAUUUGGAGCGUUUGGGCGUUGCGGCUGUCUCUCCAGGACCCAAUUUGGGACUGCCACCGCUGGGAGGUUCGCGGCUCGGAGGAAGCGUGGCACAUCAGCUGGCCAGCGUAUGAUAUGCCAUAUGUUGCUCACCUUUGCCUGUAAGCUAAAGGGGAAUCCCCAUUUGUAUUGUAUCCGCCGUUCUCUAAGCAGGGUGGUUAGCGGUCUCAGUGCCCUUCUCGCUUCCAGGGUGAGUACUGAGAGAUCCUGAAAUAGGGAAAUCUGGGCGUCCAUGUAGGUGAGGUUCUGUUGGUUUCUUGCUUCCCUCAUGAUUUCGUCCUUUAACGAGUAGGAGAGCAGGUAGCAGAUUACGUCUCUAGGCGGUCCCUCAGCGGACACGGGGCGCAGGGCUCUGUGUGCACGUUCUAUUCCAAAGUCUGCAGGGGCUCUGUCCCCUAAUAUGUGUGUGAACAGGCCCAGCAGGAGCUCUGGUAGUGCUUCCCCUGCUGUUUCAGGGAGUCCCCUGACGCGGAUGUUGUUCCUCCGUCCGCGGUUGUCCAAAUCUUCCAGAUUCCUUCUUAACUCCAGCAGGACAUUGCCUUGUCUAGUAGUGGCUGUGUCUGUGGCUUGGCGGUGUUGUACUAUUUGGGCACGUUCUGCCUCUAGUUCCUCCACCCUGCGUUCCAGUGCUGUCAGGUCUCUCCUCACCUCCAUGACCUCCUCUCUGAUUACUGCCCUAAUUUCAGCCAGCAGGUCGGUCUUAUCUGCCUUGGACAUCAUGUUUGCAGAUAUUGUGGCCAGGUCUGCUGCAAUUUGGGUCAGUGACUCCUCUCUGGCUGGGCCUGUUGCUGGGCUGUCUGAGCUGCUGGCGUCUGGUGAGGGAGGCGCCAUUUUGGCCGCGGCCUGGUGCUCCCGCAUGUCUCGCGGCGUUCCGAGGUACCCGUCCAUGGGACCCGCUGUGCGGCUCGGUGAGCCCGUUUGUGAGGGGCCAGGGGUGAGUAGCCUCUUUGUCUUACCCAUCUCGGGUCUAUUCGUGCUCGUUUAUCGGUGCGGUAGUGAGCUGGGGCCUAGGAGCUGCAGGGAGAUGCGUCUCACUCCAUUCCCGGUCAGGCCACGCCCCCCCUACUUUGUCUUAUAUCUAUUCUUUGUACACAGUCAAUAAGCUUUUAUUUUCUUUUUUUUUUUUUAACAGACAGUCACUUUAAGGAUACUUUGGUACUGAUUUUGGUUUAUUGAGCAUUCUACAAUGCUGUUCUUCUUCAAUACGGAUACUCUGGUAAUGAGUUCCGUAAGUAUACUCUGGUGCUGGUAUAGUUGGCAAGGAUAUGUUGGUGUCAGUUGGUUGAAGAAAGGAUACUCUCAUACUGAGAUAUUUCAGUAAGAGAUGGUUCAGUAAGGCAGGGCCUGGGUAUUGGUAAGCCUUUUCAGCAGAGGUGGUGAUGGAGAAUGCAGGGAGAUUGUAGGCGGGCAGCCAGCUGGCUGUAAGGAGUGGAGGUGGAGAGCGAGCUGCAAUCUUCUUGCUCCGCUCCUUCGUGUGCCAUGCAGUGAUGCCAGGAGUCGGAAUAUGAUGUCACUCCAGCCCUGGUAUCACUAAACAGCACGCUAGGGAGCAGCGCAAGAAGAGCUUGAAGAUUUCAACAACCACACUAGACCCCACUGGACCUCACAGAAAGCCGAUCAAAUCCAACUCUCUCAAAGGUAGGUUGAGGUGUGGAUGUGGCGCAAAUCAGUGAGUGUGUCUGUGUAAGUGACAGGCCCCCCUCUGAAAAGAUGUGUUUACUCACCUUUUUUCCCACGCCUUGUCAGUCUCGCUGUGGCUGGAUCUGUCUCCAUUGCUGAGAGAAUCACUCUUAACAAUUUCAGCCAAGCCAAUGCAGAGACUCUAGCGCAUGCACUAAAAAGCAUCUCCUCAUAGAAGAGCAUUGAAUCCAUGCAUCUCUAUAGGGAGCAUUCAGUGCCUCCAUGCAGAGCGUGGAGACGCUGAAAGUAGGUACUGCCCACUGGGCAGCAGUAGACUAGGAAGCACCUAUACUGGCCAUCUGUCACGCUGUUAAUAGAGGUGUUACUAGGCAGCAAUGUAAGCACUGCCUUUUCUCUACAUUAAGCUGUCAUGGUUCUAGUGACUAUAGUAUCCCUUUUAUGAAUUGUAUUUUUAUUACUUAAAUAAAGCUUUGUCAGCAAAACAAAUAAUAAUAAUAAAAAAAUAUAUAAAUUUUUUACUGACCCCUAGAUUCCAAGCAACCUUUGUCAAGCCCUGUAGUACUCUGUUGCUGGGAUAAAGAUAAUCUGGUAAUGGGCUAGUUUAGUGAGUAUCCUGUGGUGCUGGGAUGGUGUGCAUAUCACUUUUACCCACAUACUGGCAAUUGUUCAUUAGGGCUGGGAAGGUUUGUGUGGGUGUUUAUUUUUUGUGUUGUGUUGCUUAAUAAUGAUUUAUUUAUUACUUUUAUUCUGAUGAUUUGGCAUGGAUGCAUUUCACUCCUAUGGUGCUGAUGUUAUAAUAUAAUAUUUCACAGAAGAUAUUUUAUAGUGGAAUCCAGCAGUAAUUCUUCUUUAGUAGUGUAAUUAUUCAUUAUGUAGUUUGAUAUUGGGAUGAGAUACAAAUAAUUGUUAUGCCUGGGUGAGAGUUUGGCAUUGGAAUGGUUCAGUUGAGGUGUAUUACUAUUGAAAUAGCUCUGCAGUGUAACAUACAUACCAAGUGAUUAUGGUAUUAGGGGUAUUAGCGCUGUUCUGAUUCACUGGUGAUGUAUUUGUACUGUUUUACAAUGUGAUAUAUUUUUUAUAAACAUCCAACAAUUGUCCACAAAUAAAUUAGAAGUGGUUACAAACACCCUGAUCAAACAAGCUUCUAUCACACGGUGUAAAGUAGCACAGAAGCCAAAGUAAAAUGACGUUUGGGAUUUUAAGAUCUGUGUUUUAAAGGGACCUUGAAUUGGUUAAACUUUUACAGUGCCUACAGUGUCCCUUUAACAAAACAUAUUCCUUGCAUAAGAGAUAUGACUAGUGUAAAGGUGUAGUAUGGUCAGAGCAGAGUAAGAGGACAAAUUACGUGACUUGAGAAUUGGGUAGCCUGCUGCAGGUUAAGGUUCUACUUUGUAAGUUGAUAUGCAUAGCUAAACAAGUGGGUUUUAGAAAAAGUUUACAAAGGAUUGAAAACUAAGGUAAAGUUUGGAGUAAGGGGGUGAGUUACAAAAGAAUGAAGCUAACAAGUGUUGGGGUAGGUCAAAUUACAAUUGUCGGAAGAAUGAAGGGAUUGUGAGGCUUUCUAGAUGCUAAUCUUUAUGUAGUUUAGGUAGGUUGCAGAACUUUAAAAGUGAAAACAAGGAUUUUAAGUUGAAUCAAGUAUUUCAAGUAUACAGAACGCAAGUGUAAGGAUUAACAAAGGGGUGAAGUGGCACACCAGUAAAGGAACACUCUGGGUACCAUAACACUUAAUCGGAAUGAAGAUGUUAUGGUGCGAGGAGGUCAUGGUUGCUGGCUUACCAUCAGGGUAAUGAAUGGUUUAACCCCAAAAUCUCCAGUCUGGCACCCGUCAGCUGUGCCCCUUCAUUUCCAAUUUGAGUCUGAGAUUUCUAUCAGAAAGCCUCGGAUUGGGCACAGUUUAUAGACUGAGAGUGUUAUUCCGAUAUAAUUAUUUUUAUUUAUUUUUUAAUACUUGCUGCCAGUCUCUUAAUUAAGGCAUGCAAAGUUUAAAUAUUAUUUUACUGAUUUAUGCUACUUAAAGGAGUGUAGGACUAUUCCCCCAGAAUAGAGCCUACUUAGUCUUUUGUUUGUACCUUGAUGUUGAAAUGCAAUUAUUCUAAUCAAACAGCACUAUCACACUUUAACACUACGCAAAAGAGACACAGGCCUUUUAAUCUUUGGAAAUGUGCUGUGCAGGGGAAGGGGCCUGACUGCCAAGAUGGAAGGAUGCACUGCCUUGUACCUCUUUCACUUUAGUUCUAAUCUAACGAAUUGUAGCCCAAAACUAUCUCCAUCAUAGACACCAGAUAAGAACAGAUCCACUUCUAAAUCGACUGAUACCCUUGUGUGUAUGAAUACUUACCCUAGAUGUCACCAUGUUAAAGGGUAUCUGCGACUCAUGCCUUUGUUUCUCCCACCCACAGCAGUUGGACUAGGCCACAGUCGAUCUUUGACUUGAAGACCGCUAAUAUUGAGGCAUUCGUAGUCCCUCUCCAUUUUUGGACUGUUGGGGGUUUUCACACCCCCCUUGGUAAGUUUCCCCUGGCUGAAAUAUAAGCAUUACUGCUUGGCCGCUCGUGGUACACGUGAAUAAACCAAGAUGGCCUUCUUGGUGGCCCCGUCUACACCAACUAGUGAAAAUGCAUAAUGAAGAUGGGGAAACCGCCUUUGACAUGAAAAAUGACGCCAUAUGGGAGACAUUUUGGAAACAUAUCUAUACCCAUUCACUCAUCCUCACCUCUAAUGUGGCUAUGCCAACUAUAUUUACUAUAUAUCGAGCAGUUUCUCUUUACUGUUGCUUUUAAGUUUAAAGUACCCCUCUCUCAUCAUGCAAGUCAAUUAUCUGCAUAAUGAGUCUUCUCUCAGACAGCUAUGUCUUACUUUAAGUGUUGUGUUAGUACAUUUAAUCUCAUUUUAAAUAUGCAAUACAUUUUAAAAUGAGUCAAUGCAGCAACAUGCAAACAACUUAGUGCUUGGUAUCUUUAUCUUUAACACCGACCUGUCUGGCAAAUGCCAAUUUAUUUUUUAAUUCUGUAUUAUGGUCUCAGCCAUUGUGUGUGUGUGUGUGUGUGUGUGUGUGUAUGUAUGUAUAUCUCAAUAUCAUUUUUAUGCAUAUUACUGCUAUCUUUCAUGUCUGUAAAUUUACAACAACAACAAAAAAAUGAAAAAAUAAAUGUGCUAUGCUUGGAUUUUGAACUUGAAAUCUUUAGGGCUACAUACAACUGUAUCCUGGCAGUGCUAUAAAAUUCUAGAGCUAGAAGUCCUGAGUUUGGACCCUAAAAGGCUGUAGGAAAUUGAUCUUCGAAGCUUUAUACUUGUAGGACUGCACAGAGCUAGGAAUCUAAAACCAGAAUUGUUGGAACUAAACAAAAGCAGGAAAAACAUCCUAAAAGCAUCAAAUGAGUUCUAAAAAUGAGACGUAGUUGUAUAUAAAAAAAAAAAUUAAGAAAUCCUGAACCUCAAGUACUAUACACAUACAGAGAGGCUUUGAAUUAUCUUUGUGUUUGAAUGCUGCUUUGGAUUUAUUGUUAGCUGUCAUUCUAUUUUCCUGUCAUUAUCCUAUCUUUUCACCAUCACAGUCUCAUUAUUCUUUCCCUUUGCACUCUUUCAACCAGCAAGAGACUAGGAUCAAAGGUCCCUUCUGUUCUCGUAUCUACGUACCUGCUUGCUUGCAGAAACACUGCUUCUUACCCACCCACUCUUUGAACUGGGUAUUCCCAGUUUCCAUGGGGUAGGCAAAUAGUAUGAAGAAUUUUCUUGCACGUAAACAUUACAAUUCUCUUACCUUUACAUAAUUCCUGGAAGCAGAUGCCUGAUAUACUGUUUGAGGUACCCUUUGAAAGUCAUGGAUGGGCAUCGCAUGAUUCAAUUGCCAUGUAUUUCAGAGUUGGGCUGAAUGUUUCAUGGAUUUUAUCUUAUCACUUAAAGAACUAUACUUUGAGUUCAAACGAGUUGAGGAAAGGCAGUGAGCAGUGCUGGGUCUUGCCCUUGGAGGAAAAGUAGGGACUGUAAAGUGAUUUACUGCACAGUCGGAGCACUUGCGAGGAAUGGUGAGUGGAGGAAGAGAAAGUAUAAAUAAACUUUGGGACAUUGAUGGUAUUGAAAGGUAGCAUGUGAAUGAACAAAGACUGUAAGAAGAGGGAGCAUUUUAGAAGGUGAGUGUGACAUGCGAUAUGGAAUGCAACAGAAAGUGAGUGAGAGUAUUGGGGAGGCGAAGUGCAACAUAAAGUCAUUGUAGAGGGUUUUGAGGAGUGUCAACUUAGCGAAUGUGUGAGAGAAGGGGAGAUGUAGUCUCCCUCCCUGCCAGCUUCAUUUACACUCCCAGAGGUGGGGUGUAGGUGAGUAUGAAGGAGAUGGGGAGAUGAAAGGUAACAGAAAGCAAGUGAGAUUGUAAAAAAAAAAAAAAAAGGAGCCCUGGAGUAUAUAUUGACAUGUUUAAAGCUCACAACCACGAGUAAAUCUGUGUUUAGAUGGGCAUUAGGUAAGUGCUUAACGUGUGCAAUUCAUGGAGUAGCCAUGACAGUAGGAAAAUAUGUAAGAGGUAGAAUUGGGAGAGAAGAUUUUAUAGAGUGAGACAGGUCAUGAAAAAUGAAGAAGAGUGCAUGAGGAUUGACAGAAUUCAUUACGAGUGAGUAUGGGGGUAGGAACAGAAGGGCCUCAUGGGGAGGUAAGCCUGAUACCAUAGAAAAUCAAAGUGAAUUGAUUGUAACGGGGCCUUAGUGUGAUGGGAAUGGAGAGGGGCUAUAUCAGCCUGAUAAUGAGCCAGUGUACUACAAUUAGUGUUUGGCAUGGGAUGCAGUCCGUGAAGGGAAAGGUUGAGACACAGGCAAGAACAUCUGAGGAUCAUGGAGACUAGCCAGUUUAUGACUUGUGUAAUGCCUUUUUUUUCCAGGGCACUUUAGCGAGAUUAACCGCUAUUCAGGUGUUAACGAAAAUAUGAAACAAUUAAGAGUGUGCAAUAAACAGAACAGACUAGUAAGACCUUUUAAAGGAAAAUGCUUAGAAAAGUUGACCAUUUUUGUGUUUCCUCACAUCUAUAUUUCAUUUUUUGUUUUCAGAUCAUUUUUUGGUCCAGAUUGUUGCCAUUGCAAGAUCUUUCCAGCAUCAUGACCUGUUCUCCUGUAUCCUCUUCCUCAGUACCAGGGCCUCUGUGAUGGGUUCUGUAUUCCUUUCCAUGGUGCUCCAUAUUAAUUGCGUUGUUGGAGUUUUCAUACAAGUAACCUGCACAGCCAUACUUUGGCAUAUCUCUUCAAAGGUUGAGAAAGAACGGACAUCUAGUACAGAUGCCACAAAGCACCAGGGCUCAUCUAGGGCACUAUCCACAGCGAUGUGGCAAUCAAAAGGAUGGUCUGUUCUAUGAAACCUAUUAUCGCCUGAGCCAGCAGUACCCAGUUAUCCUGCUCUUGCUAUUCAUCGUUCUGGCAAUAUGUGUCUCCCUCAUUGCCACUACUUUUGGCAGUGGGCGGGUGAGUGGAAAAGCUAUUUUCUUCUUGAGCAUGAUUGAUUUAUUAUAAAAUGUGUGUGUGUGUGUGUGUGUGUAUGCAUAUAUAUAGAAUAUAAAAUAUUUUGUUAUAUGAUUUGAUUUUAGUAUGGUGAAGGUUAUGUUGGAAAUUCCAAAAAUGCGAAAGUCUAUGGAAGUCAAAUAUACAAUGGUGAAGGGGCUAAUGUUGCCAAAUAAAUAAUUGCUACUAUCGCUCUGUGUAGGUCAUUCCACGACACAAAAAAUUUAAUAAAUGCAAUAUUACCACAAACUGAACAAUUAGUUUUGCCUUAAAAACAAAUUAAAAGGUAAAUCAUAGUGCGGUAAAUUACAUAUUUUUACACCUAUGUACAUUUAAUUAGUCUACCUCAUAUGUUUUAGCAGGUUUGGUUUGAAUCCCCAAAUGAAAUCAAUUGUGUAUUGUUCUUAGACCAGGCACUAGAUCUGAAGAAAAAUAUGUACAAGACACUCUUAAUUAACAUAUUUGGUUUCUUUCUUCUUUUCUUUCUUUCUUUCUUUCUUUCGUUUAUUGAAUCCUGUUGACAAACAUUAAUAAGUAAUGAACAAAGUUGGUAUUAACCAUUGUAGAAGUAUUACAAAGUAUAUAAUAUAAAGGAUAAAAUGUGGGUUUGAGAUAUAAGCACAUUCCUGUUUCAUGUUACAUACAGUGAGUUAGCGUUUUGUAUCAUAUGGUAAAAGACCCUAAACCCAAUUGGUAGUAAUCGUUGUAGAGUUGUUGCAUAGUACAAACUGUAGGGUUGAGACCUUGGCACAGUUGUGUGACAUAUGAUUUACAACAAAUUAUUGUUUGGAUCUUUGUGCUCAUGCAGUAUACAGCAGGGUAUGGUGGUUACUACUAUCUCUGACUAGUAGGUUGGUUGCUCAUUGGCAGGUGGAAUAGCGGGGAGGGUAGUAGAGAGGGGAAGUGGUAUUAGAUUGGAAAGGGGAUAGGAAAAUCUCCCAGAGUCUAAAAGGUUGCGCGGCAUGUUCUGUCAGUUAACAUGGCAUCAAGGGAUUGAGUGGUCUACUAGUGUAGGUAUAUGUAGGCCCUGGCGAGAGUGAGGAAGAAGCUGGGGAGGGUGGGCGAGAGGGUUAAGAGAUCGUAUAGUAAGGGUGGGUAGAAGAGAAAGUUGUAGUGAGGAGGGGAAGGGGGACGUGAGAGAAAAAAACGGGGGUUGGGGGGAGUUUGCUGGGUAGUAUAUAGGGUUUGUUCCCGCCCCACUCAAACGACUCCACCGUCACCACCACAUUGGUUGGUCUUCAGAGUAAAGAGGCCCUGGAUUUGGUCCGGUGUUGUGUGGUACUAUGGUGUUCAAGUUAAGGUCGGUUCCGCCGUUGCAGGAAGUUGCAGGUCAAUCUCCAGUUUUAGUUAUUUUGUCGGCAGCCACUGUAUCCACUGAAACCAGAUCUUCUGGUACGUUUGUUUCAUUCCCCCUGCUGUCAGUAUGAGUUCCUCUAUGCUCCUGAUGUCUUCUACUCUGGUGAUCCAGUCGUCGGUGGAGGGGGUUGAGGUUUGUUUCCAGAAGGUGAGGCUACGUGCAGCGUUGAUCAGGUAUGGGGUGAUGCUCUGGAGUCAACAGAUGGCCCAGGUCUCUUUUCCAAUGCUUAACGAAGUAUGGGAGAGUCAGGAUAGCUUGCGGUGUGAUCAGAAGGCUAUAUAGCCGUGAGAUGGCAUGUGGCGGGGAUGAGGGUUGGAUGCAGAGCAUCUCAAAUGUGGUGAGUGGUCUAACGACAGAGGUUAGGUACUCGGUUGAGCAUAUGGGCUAUUUGGUGAUAUCUAAAUCUCGUCAUUUGAACUGGAGGUUCCGGUGCAGGCAAAUCUGAGAGUGGGGUGAUGGUACAUUUGUGAGUAUGUGUUGUAGCCUGCCGCGUAGUGGUAGUCCGAGGCUGGUCAUGAUCCGAGUGGAGUAGAGUCUGCGGAACGCCAGGUUGCCUGUAUUUUAUUUAUUUUUUAUCAUAAAUGUAUUUGCCAAAAUAAAAGUAUUUAAAAACCAGGUCUAUAAUUUAAACAUCCAUAGCACUAACACGUUUUAAUGAUAGGUCUUUAUCAAAGUCCGAUUAUAGUCCGUCAGUGCAAUCCUAUUUAAAGGAACACUAUAGGGUCAGGAACACAAACAGGUAUUCCUGACCCUAUAGUAUUAAAACCACCAUCUAGCACCCCUUGCCUCCCUAAAUAUAGUAAAAUCGUACUUGUAUUCAAAUCUGCAGCUGUUGCCUCUGCCCUUGAUCACAAUGCUUUCUCGUAGGAUUGGCUGAGACUGUCAAGGAGGCAGUUCAGGGGCCAAGUCAGCACAAGUCAAACUCAGCCCUGGCCAAUCGACAUGAUUGAAUCAAUGCAUCUCUAUGAAGAAAGUUCAGUGUCUGCAUGCAGAGGGUGUAGACACUGAAUGACAGUACUGCCCCAGGAGGCACCUCUAGCAGCCAUCUGAGGACUGGCCAGUGGAUUACCCCUAGGCAGUAAUGUAAACCCUGCAUUUUCUUUGAAAAGACAGUGUUUACAGCAAAAAGCCUGAAGGUAAUGAUUCUACUCACCAGAACAAAUUCAAUAAGCUGUAGUUGUUCUGGUGAUUAUAGUGUCCUUUUAACUAGAAAUUUACAUGUUUAUCCUCCUGCUAAAACUGUCACAGCCAGAGGUAAGUGAGACCAAUUUAAAUGUACAUACAUGUGUGUAAAUAUGCAAUUUACUGAACUAUGGUCUGCCUUUUUAAUUUGUUUUUCAGGCUAAACUAAUUGUCUAGUUUGUGGUAAAAUUGCAUUUAUUUAAUGUUCUAUGGAACAGUUCCUUCUAUGUCAGCCAGCUUAUUACUUUUUAAUUGGCAAACUAUAUGUAAGUAUCAUUGUUAAUAUUAAUUUAUGGCCUACCAGUACAUAAGCGCAGUUGUGAGCCCACAAUAAAUAAAACACAGCCAUAUGUUGUAACUAAAAAUGUGUUCAUUGUAAUACAAAGUAGCACUUACACAGCUGUGGCUUUACUCCUGUGGUGUGUGGACAAAAUUGCUCUUUCUAUACAGUAUAGUAAAUAACUUUAAAGGGACACUAUAGUCACCCAGAUCACUUCAGCUCAAUGAAGUGGUCUGGGUGCCAGGUCCCUCGGGUUUUAACCCUUCACAUGUAAACAUAGCAAUUUCAGAGAAACUGCUAUGUUUACAUUUGGGGUUAAUCCAACUUCUAGUGGAUGUCUUCCGGACAGCCACUAGAGGCACAUCUGCGGCGAUGGAGGCGAAAUUCGCCUCCAUCGCACAGAGUGUCCAUAGGAAAGCAUUGAGAAAUGCUUUCCUAUGGACACUUUGAAUGGGCGCGCGGCACUUGCCGCGCAUGCGCAUUCGACUCCAGUAACGUCGGAUAUGGGAGCUGACGUCGGACGGGGAGGAAAGGUCACCAGCCCGGCGCUGGAUUAAAGUAAACUGCUGAAGAGGUACCCUGGUUUUAACCCCUUCAGCGCCAUGGGGGUGGGGGGGGUACCCUGAGGGUAGGGGCACCCUGAGGGCACUAUAGUGUCAGGAAAACUGCUUUGUUUUCCUGACACUAUAGUGAUCCUUUAAUGAAGAUAAAUAAUAAAGACUAUACUGUGGAGAACGUGUUUUUUUUAUUUAUUUAUUUUUAAACCAUACAUUCUGCCACUAUUGGUGAUUUGACUCUUCAUAUCUCUUCAUUUUCAGACAUUUUCCGACAACCAGGGUUUCCUGGUGAGUGUCUUCUGUGCUCUAGGAGUAUUCACCAUCUUGUUCAUCUUGGUAUGCAUAAAAGCCGUGCUACAGAAGUGUAUGAAGACCAUAGCUGUAGUUAUCUGGGCUUGUCUCGUUACCAUGGGCUAUGCCUUCAUAUUUACCAGUGAUGAUGUUACUCCAUGGGACCAGGUAAGCGGGAAAGUGGGAACACAUGCUAUAUGCAGUUAUAAGGCUUGAUCAUUUCUAACCAUCUCUAACACUCUUAAUGUUUUCUACAGCUUUCUUGUUUCUAGCAGAUGGUCUUUGUUGGAGAUAAUUAGUAUUUUGUUUUAGGUUUGAGCAUUCUCAGCCACAGCAGAAAAAAUAUUUGAUAUAAAAAGGAAAUUUGCACAUAUUUAAAUUCCUACACUGUCUUCUUCAGUGUUAUAAAUUUACUUUGCAAAUAGUAAAUACAUAUCAGGUUCACAAAGUUUUAAGUCCUCCUUAAAAUCUUGUUUUUUAAUAGAUUUCCACAGUUAAUUGAAAUAUCUAAUAAUCACAUAAAAUUUGCACGUUUUUUGCAAAUCUAAGGCUUUUCUCAGAAUACACUAUAUAUAUAUAUAUAAUUUCCAUACCAAAAAAAGUUAUUUUCAAUGUUUGCCUAAUAACCAGUUUUAUUUUGAAGACUGCAGCUUUAAAAGACUCAAUUGUAAUUCAUUGUAUUUGGCUCUACCCACCCACCCUGGUUCCUUCUAACUAUAUAGCAUACACCUCCAGCUGCUUGGAACCACCAGCCAAUUGCCUCCCUAUUACAUUCAUAUGUUACCAGCUGCUGCAGUUAUACCAUUAACUCUCUCUGCCAUCACACACAAAUUCCUCUGCAACCUCUUGUCUCAUCUCCCAAUUUUAACAUUUAGAUUGUAAGCUCAUGGGCAGGGCCCUAUACCUGUUGUAUCGGUCUGUUCUAAUUGGGUCUCUUUUUUUCCCAAUUGUACAGCGCUGCGGAAAUUGUUGGCGCAUUAUAAAUGCCAGUAAUAAAUAAUCCCCAGACCCUAUUUCCAUCUAGCUUAUUCUAUUGGCAUUAUUAGCUAGUUUAUGAUGUGUAUUAAUAUCUAAGUUUCUAUACCUAAUAAAAAAGGUCAUUAAUGAUAUAAUUAUAAUAAAAUUAACUGUAUUUUAAGGGUCUCUAACACAACACUCCUCCGUCUACUUUGCUGGGCUUACCUGUGCCUGAUUCCACCAAACCGCUAAUACCCAGGGCCAGCCAGUCAGAGGUAACACACAAACCGUCUACCUAGGUAGCAAGUUAUUUUUCCAUUCCCCGUCAUUCCAGAAGUAUGGAUUUUACAGCUAUUUGAGUACAUACCAUAAUCAGUUGAUCAAUGGCCCAGCCUUGACCCCAACUCCCCAUCCAACUACCGCCCUAUCUCGCUACUGCCUUUUGCCUCCAAGAUCCUCGAGAGAGUUGUGUACACCAGACUGACUGACUUUCUUGAAUCCAACUCUUUGCUUGACCCCCUUCAGUCUGGAUUCCGCACUGGUCAUUCUGUCGAAAAGGCUGUGACCAAAGUAUCCAGCUAUUUAAUUGCUGCUAAAUCUCGCGGUCAUUACUUUAUCCGAAUUACUCCUUGAUCUCUCUGCUGCCUUUUACAUUGUUGAUCAUCAACAGCUUCUUUGUAUUCUCUGUAAUUUUGGUCUACGGGUCUCUCCUGGUGCUCUUCCUACCUCUCCCAGUGCUUUUAUAGUGUUUCUUUCUCUGACUCUGCCUUCCCCCCCCCUCCCCACCCCCAACCACUCUGUCAGCAUCCCCCAAGGUUCUGUCCUUGGUCCCCUACUGUUCUCUAUCUAUACUGCCUCCCUUGGUAAACUCACCAGCUACUUUUGACUUUAUCAUUUCUAUGCAGAUGACACGCAAAUCUACCUGUCCUCUGCUGAUCUCUCUCCGCCCACCUUGACUCGUGUCUCUGACUGCCUUUCUGCGAUUUCCAACUGGAUGGCUGCUCACUUCCUUAAACUCAACCUGUCCAAAACAGAACUUCUGAUCUUUCCUCCCUCAAGUGUUACUACUCCCAUGUCUCCCUCCCUCCAAGUCAACGGCCCGCUGCCUGAGUGUUCUUUUUGACUCCAACCUCUCCUUCACCCCUCGUGUCCAAUCAAUCGCCAAAUCCUGUUGCUUCAUCUCAAAAAUCUAGAGCGCAUCCGCCCCUAUUUAAUGCCAGAUGCGGCUAAGGUGCUGGUCCAUGCUAUUGUUCUCUCUCACCUUGACUACUGCAAUACCCUUCUCAGUGGUCUUGCGUGUUCCCAGAUUGCACCACUGCAAUCUAUAAUGAAUGCGGCGGCGAGGUUCAUUUUCCUGUCCGCUUCGCACUUCCCACGCCUCCCCACUCUCAGUCCCUGCAUUGGCUUCCUUUUAGAUAUAGGGCUUAAUUUAAAAUUCUGGUGCUUGCUUACAAGUCCCUACAUAAUUCUGCUCCAACCUACCUAUCCUCCCUAAUACACAAGUAUGUCCCGUUGAGGCCCCUACGCUCUGCCAAAGACCUACGUAUAUCCUCUGUCCGUACUCUCACCUCUAAUGCUCGCCUCCUAGAUUCCUCCAGGGCUGCACCUCUUCUGUGGAACUCCCUUCCUUUCUCCGUAAGAAUUUCACCCAGUCUCCACUCAUUCAAAAAUUCAAUGAAAACUCACUCUUCAAGAAAGCAUAUCAAUGAAACUGUUAGCAGGCUUUUAUCCCCCACCCCCCAUGACUCCUCUCCUGCAACUGUCAAAAUUACCUAAUAAGCCCUCAGUGAAUACCUUUCUAACAACCUACUUCAUACUCCUACUUUUACCCUUUGUUUCACUAUACCCCACUCCCUCUAGAAUGUAAGCUCAUUGAGCAGGGCCCUCCACCUCUGUUCCUAUACGUCCAGUUGUCUGGUUACAAUUACAUGUCUGUUAGUCCACCCAUUGUACAGCGCUACGGAAUCUGAUGGUGCUAUAUAAAUAAUAACAUAAUAAUGGCACCAAACACCAUUGGGCCGGCUUGGACUGUGCCAACCCCUUACCCACCCACCCAGCUGCUUAGCUGUUAUUACCUUUCAGAAGUCUCUACUUUUUCUUAUCCCAUUUUUACAAACUACAUCUCUCCAGAAAAAAUACACAGAUUUCGCUUUCAUGUACCAACUUUUGGCAUUUCAUUCACAAACCACACCAGUGUCUCGUUUUGUGGUAGAUUUGACAGGUUGCUGGUUACCUACAUGUGUUUCAAGAAUCCUUUGUAAAUGGACAUUCAUUGACCUUUUCCCAGCUAGUCAAUAAAUAAUUAUUUAUACCUCUUUCAGCAUCUAAAGGGAUACCUGGAGAGCAGCCAAUAAAACACUCACAUCUCCACACCUGCUGUCACAUACAAUGUUAAGGUUUGUAGGAGUAGGUCUCCCGCAAAUAAUAAGUAAUUAGUUAGUUACUUUCCCAACUAGCAAUUUGGACAUUUUUCUCUGUUUUUAUUUUUUCCCUUUAUUUCUUCUCUCAUCAUACUACACUGAAGACUUCCUUCCCAUCUACUCUGUCCCACUAGAUCCUUUUCCAUCCAUUACAAGUCUUCUCUGCCUCUUUUUUUUUUUUUUUUUUCUCAAUCCCAGUGGAUGCCUGACACGUGUUUGAGCAACGUCGGCAUGUAAUAUUUUAUUGCAGUGGUGUAUAGAGUGAAAAAAUAAAAUGGGAACUGGUGAUAUGCUGUAUUUACUAUUUCUGGACACUACAUACAUAAGAAUAAAUAAAUAAUUUACAUUUUAUUAUUUUAAUAUAUUAUCUAUAGGGUUUUUUUUUUCUCUCCUAUGUAGAUGCCUUAAUAUCUUCUGUGUAACAAACCUGAAACUGUAUGCAACAAAGAGGCAAAUCUUGACUCUUGAAAUUAAGUUUGAACAACUUUUCUGUAAUGUUUUCUUUUGUGUGUAGGUUUAUUGGACACUGUUUGUGACUAUAAGCUUGUACACCAUGCUCCCUUUAUGCAUGAAAGGGGCUAUUUUCGCUGGAGUCUGCUGUUCUGUGUCCCACAUCAUCGUGCUGAGCGUUUAUGUGUCUUUAACACGUCAUCCACCUGCGGGGAACUUUGCUGAGCAGGUAAGAAAAACAUUAACCAAACAUGUUUUUGGUUUUAUAAAUUUUUUUUAAUCAUUAAUAAAUAUAGCUUCAUACCAUCAAUAAUGUAUUUCAAAUCAUCCAAAUGACUAAAUGUUAAAAUGCCUAAUGACUGCUAUUAUAAGUCCCGAAUGCUGUCCAUAAAUCAUUCCUUGUAUAGGAGAAAGGUAGUCAUGCCUGCUUUCUUUCUUCUUUUUCUCCCUUAUUGACAGAUGAUAGCUGAUGUUGUCAUCUUGCUGUGUGGAAAUGUUGUGGGGGGGUAUCACAAGCGUGUCACUGAAAGCGCACUGAAGGAUACCUACCAUGAAGCCAUCAACUUCAUUAAUUCUCGACGGAAGCUGGACUCCCAAGAGAGACAGCAGGUGAGCUGUAAAGCGGGUCUAGUGGGUGACACCAGAAGAGUUGUCUAUAAACUGAAUUUAGCAUACCAUGCUUACUGAAUUAGAAGAAUAAAAUUGGAGGGGGAAAUAAAAAUGAAGAGAAAAGGGCUGAAAUCGAGGAAGGGGCAUGAACCCAGUGAUUGAAGUUUAGAAAAUUGCACAAAGCAAAACAUCUGCCUUAUAAUAGUUAAAAUAUAACAUAUUAUUAUUCCUUUUUAAAUGCAAUAAAAAGUUAUAUUUUAACUAUUAUAAGACAGAUUUUUUUUUUUUUUUGCUUUGUGCAAUUUUCUAACUUGGUUACAUUUCCCAGAAAAUAGAAAAAACAUGUGUUUCUUAUUAAAACGAUUUCUCACAAUACGUGAUGAAGUGUCUUUUUAUUUUACCAGGUGAACUGUGUGUCAAUAAUUCUUUGUGAUAGCACAGACUUUUAGUGUUAAUAUAUUGUGUAUUGCCACAUUAUUUGGGGCUGGCAAAGUAAGUACAAUUGCACAUAGCCUUAAAAUAUGGCAUUUCAUGUAUUUUCAUUCUCUGUUGAUAUUUAUCUCGUUGGUGAAUAUAACUUCUUCUUGACAAAUAUGCAAGAAAACCAAAUUAAAAUCUGGGUGAGAGCUCCUUUCAACAUCCAGACAUUGAAUCUUGGGCAUUUCCAUCCAAGAUUGAACCUAAUUGGAGGCCAUGAGCACAGACAACUUCCUCUGAAUGUUUUAUACUUGCAGACAGAAUAUUUCCAGAUAGGAGGAUGAUAUUAGGCCCUAUUUCUAUGACUUUAAAUAAUUUCAGACCACUUUGACCACUGGGACUGCCAAAGUGAGUACUAGCCUUUAUACCAGAGUCUACUAGAACAGGAGCUGUGAGUUGCACUGAAUCCUUUUGGAGAUGUCGAACCUCUUCUCUGCAUUAGAAUUAUAGAUUGAAAUGCUAAUUACGUGACACUAUGCCUGCAGUGAAAUAUACCAAAGUUGGGGGCUGAACUCUUAGGGAGUUACUUUACCAAAUAAUCCAGUGAAAGCACCAGUGAUCCUCAAAAACUGUGUGUGAUCUAGUACCACUGGGGCUCUCAACAAGGCAUUAUGGCAUAUCAGGUAUUCAAAGGUCAACUUGAAGUGCAUAGGAGACCCAGAGUUGUUUUUCAAACUACUUGGGUUACACCCACAGGCACCCUCUUCAGUGAAUGAAGUGAUGAGUAUUAAUGGUGACCCUGACAACUCUGAAAAGGCCAUUAGACCAUGACCUGAAGAAGCUGAGAGAACUGAGACUUGGUGAAAAAAGAUGGUAGUCUGAUCAAACCAUUGUCCAAUCCACAGCAUAGUGACUUUGACUAGAACUCAAAAGGUAAUUGUGCCAUGACCCUCCUAGAGAUGCUAUGCAGCUAAUUCUAUGCUGCCAUGAUAGGCUGAUGUUUCUAGCCUAUAUGAAGAGACUAGUUUUCAAUAAUGUACAGAUUUUUAUCACACUUUUACAGGAGACCCUUAUGAUGAUGCAUACAUAUGGUUUAAAUAGUCUUUAUAGUCCAUGUGGUCAUGUUAAGUAUUUCAACUUAAGUCUUCCCUUCAUAUUUAUUUAAAAGGCUACGGGAUGUUUGAUACUAAUAAUACAUAUGCAAUUGGCAUAAUUGUCACUGGAAUACUCAGGGCCCUUAUUUAUAAUAGCUAAUAGUACAUAAAAGCAUGUGUUAAUAGCUAUAUGUCGAAGUCAGAUUGUUAUUCACAGACUCCGUUAUUGAGGAGCAUUUCAUAUACCGUACAGCCUUGGUUUGAUGAGGCAGGGGUUGAUUUUUACACAAGCAAAUGCAUUUACUCUAUCAAGGGAUGUGGGUUACAGUGCAUUAAAACUUUAUUUUUAUUUUUUGUAUUCAUGAUCUGGAGAUCUAACUCCUACUUCUAAUGAAUUGUUGCUUCCAGGAGCACUUGCUGCUAUCAAUCCUUCCUCAGUACAUUGCUACAGAAAUGAAAGCGGAGAUCAUAGAGAGACUAAAAGAAAAGAGACCAAAACCGGAAAAUACCAACAAUUUCCAUAAUCUGUACAUCAAGAGACAUAAAGACGUAAGGUGAGAGACACAUCAUCUAGCUUCCUGCAUGCCCCUAUUAUGUGAUGGCCAUGAGGUAUGAUACAGUUAAAUAGUAUAAUUGACGUGUUCUUGCUUUGCAGCAUUCUUUAUGCAGACAUUGUGGGCUUUACCCUACUCUCCAGUGAAUGCUCUCCUAAGGAACUGGUCCUCAUGUUAAACGAGCUGUUUGGAAAAUUUGACCAGAUUGCAAAAGUAAGAGACCCAUUAGUUUGGCCAACUUAUGAUGCUAGCCAUUGAUAUUGAAUAAGGGGAAUAAAUAUACAUGGGCCAUUCUCUUCUCAUAUCACUUUAACUAUGUUUCUAAUCCUUCCCUACAUUUUUUUUCUAUCAUCAGGGCUUUAUUUAAAGUAUAUUCUCUGCACACUCCUGAAAGCCAUCACACGCCAGCAUGUAUAGGAGCUGCUGGUCUGAUUUUUGUAGUGGAGUGUGCAAUCAACAUGAUGUGAGUCUGUUUCCUAUCCUGGCAGAGUGCUUGGUUGAAUGUAUGUUAAAUUGUUUUGAAUUGUUUGAGAGUGAUUAGUUCUGAGACUAUUGGAAAUCAUGUUGGCAACCUACGUAAAUCCUGCAUACAGUCACGCUUGAGCAGCGAUAAGCAUUUUGUCACACUAUGGCAUUCCAAAUGUAUGAAGCAGUGCACUGGAAUCUGAAAAAUAGGCAAAUGUUAGUUUUCACUAAUUACAUGUUUUCUGACAUUUUGCUCUACAUCCAAUGUGUCAAAUUGGCAGCAGCAAAUUCUGCCCCCAAAUUUUGGUUAGUUUGGUUCCUUCACUUUAAUCCAUAUUUACUAACAGCUGAACUGAAUAUCUCAAACUUAAUUUUAAUAUAAUUGAGCCAAAUCAAACCUUUUUAACUGGCCCAAUUGGCAGCAUGUAAAGUUGGUAAACACAGGACUAAGAAAAGGGAACUAAGGUCCUUCAUAAUUAAACAUGGCUUCCUCCUGGUGGCUAGGGGUUUCCUGCACACCUCCAAAUUAGAUUGUCAUGAACAUUUCAUUUGUAACAUUUCAUUCAGACUCUCGAUUGCAUUUCUUUCUUUUUUUUUUCUCUCUAUCCCUCUGUUGCAACACCAUAGGGUUGUUUUUUUUUCCCCCUAAAAUGCCUUUGUAGUUGGAAAGGGGCAGGAAAAUGAAUCUUGAAUAUUUUUCUAUUCUCAGAGCAUUUUGAAGUCUAUAAUUGCAGACUUCUAUGUGUGAUAGAUUUUUGUUUUAAUUCCUAAUUAAUAAGUAUCUGACCAUGUUUAAUUUCAAAUAAUCUAGCAGAUGAGAAAACUGUAGACUUGUACAUCUUACAAGGUUAUUUUCUUAAAGGGCCACUGUAGGCACCCAGACCACUUCAGCUCAUUAAAGAGGUCUGUGUGCAAUGUCCUAUCACUCAAUGCUGAGCAUGUAAUUAUUGCAGUUUAUAUAAACUGCAUUAAUUACCUGCUAGGGUUUACUCACCCUCUAGUGGCUGUCUAUCAGACAGCCACUAGAGGUACUCCAAAUCGACCGUUGGUCGCGUAAAUGACGCUGGAUGUCCUCAUGCUAUGAAUGAUGACUUCCAGCAUGACCGGAAUCCCCACAAGAAAGCAUUGAACAAUGCUUUCCUACAGGAAAUGAUCUAAUGCGAGCACAGCCACUGCUGCGCAUGUGCAUUAGGUCUCCCCUGCCGACUGACGUCAGUGGGGGAGGAGCGUGGGCAGAGCCAGACCAGCGCUGAGGGACAUUGGUGCUGCACCCAGGUAAGUGACAGCAGGGGUUCUUAACCCCUUCUGCACUGGGAGGGGGUGGGGGGCUUGACAGAAGAGAAAGCUAUAGUAGCAGGAAAAGUUUUCCUUGAAGCGGAAAAGAAAAUUUCAGUUGUAAGGCAAAUAUAGCCAAAGGGGAAGAAACAUAACUGACUCUAUUUUCCUAUUUUAGCAUUAAAUUUGAAAUUAACUUUGUAUUCCUGCCAAUGUUCACUUUAGUGACACCCAACCGUAUCUCAUUGUCUAUGUUUUUUGUUCCUCUUUAUUAAUUGUUGCUUCAUUACACGUACUGAUCAAUGAUUGUACCUUCUGCCACUUUAGGACAAUGAGUGUAUGCGCAUUAAGAUUCUGGGAGACUGCUAUUAUUGUGUAUCAGGUCUGCCUGAAUACUUGCCAGAUCACGCCAAGAACUGUGUUCAGAUGGGAUUAGAUAUGUGCCAAGCUAUCCGGUGAGCAUCUAGUUCUUUCCGUUCUUAACAAAGCCGUAAACUUAUUAAAACAUGAAAACAAUACCUUGACAUACUGCUUCUAUGCUCUACUCUUUGUUUCUUUCUUCACUGUAUUAAGCGAUUGUAGAUGAUUACACUCACUUUUUGUCUCAGUGAAUAUCCAGUAAUAAAGGACAUGAUCGUUUUUGCUCCCUUGUAUUACACGGAAUAUAUCUUGAUAAAAUGUGCAUGCUGCAUUUGUUAAAGCUGCCAUUGCUCUGCCUCUCCAGGAAGUUACGUAAAGCCACCGGUGUGGAUAUUAACAUGCGUGUUGGAGUACACUCUGGCAAUGUUCUCUGUGGUGUGAUUGGGCUCCAGAAGUGGCAAUAUGAUGUUUGGUCACAUGAUGUAACACUAGCAAAUCACAUGGAAGCUGGAGGUGUCCCAGGGUAAGGGAUUGAGACUCUGUGCUGAUUAUUAAAGACCUUGAUAUCUCCUCUCUAUUGCUGCUCAUUUUUUGCCGUUAUUCUACUCUUCAUGUAGGAGAGUCCACAUUACAGAAGCUACCCUGUCACACCUAGACAAUGAGUAUAAAGUGGAAGAUGCAACUUCAGCACAGAGAGACCCCUAUCUGAAAGAAAAUAACAUUAAAACAUAUUUGGUUAUUGACCCAAGGGUGAGUCACAAGUAAACUAUUGUUUGUAUUAGACACUAAAUGACUUGAGAAUUAAAAAAAAAAAAAAUUGUUACUGAUAUUUUCCUGUUUAAAUUUUCAGUGUUGUCUGCACAUCCUCAUCUCAAAACAUAGGAACCUGCUCAUUUAUUUUUUUAGGGGGGAUUCUUUGCAAGAGAAGCAGGUAUCUGCUGUGUGACUAGACAAGUAAUGUCUGAUUUGGACAAGAUCCUGCUGCAUAGUAAUAUAUCUGAUUUUGCCUUAAAUACUAAUGGAGGGAGGGUACUAUUAUUCGUUUCUAAUCUCCAUCACAUGCAAUUUUGUUUUCCUAUGACAUUUUAGUGUCAGCAAGUACAUUUCCUGUCUUCUGCAGCCAUUUUAUGUAAAUACUUUUUUCAUAUAUGAAGAUGCACACCAUAUGUAAAGCUUACAUUUUGUCUUAUUAUUUAGGCUACUGAUUGUGAAGGUGAGGAUAUUCUAACUCAAAGACAGUCAGACAGCCAGGCCCCCAAAACGAGGGCUUCUGUCCGUAUGACACGCUAUCUGGAGUCCUGGGGAGCAGCUAAACCAUUCGCUCACCUCAAUCACAGGGACAGCCUGGUCCCAGAGCCCACAAACACAUCAUCAAAUCGGGUAAGGAGGCAUGCUUACAGGGCAGUUUGGGCUUGCCAUGUAUGCAUUUGAAAAUGCAAACAAAUUAGCUUUUCUCCUAAUUUAGUCGUAAUGAUCUAGCAAAAGGCCCAUAUUGCAAUACAAGCAUGUUCAGCUCAUUAAAGUGGUUAUGUUUUUGUGAUGGUGGUGGGGGGAGGUUAGUAAAGUGGUGACUUCUCUUAACAUAGCAUUUAUGUAAAAUAAGGGUGUAGAGAAACUAUUAACCUGUAAAGCACUUCAGCAAGCUGAAAUGCUUUAGGGAUUUGUGGUGUUACUUUAAAAAAUAAACAAUGUAUACUAUUUUAUUAUUAUUUGCAUUUCUGUCCUCUUUUAUUUUUUUUUUUUUAUAUUCUGCAGGACCUUGCAAUGUCUUCUCUACCAGCAGUGGGGAACCAGGACAAGUAGGGAUAGUAAAAUGUUUUUCUACUUCUGCUCUGUGCUUCAUCAUUCUGUCCUGUUGUCUCUUGUCUCUCUCCCAACUUCCUCUGACAGUGGACCAUGGAUCUUCCUGCAAUGUUUCAUUGUGUGACUAUUGCUUUGAAUCUGUAUGUUGCCCUAAGAACUAUGUGUUCAUUUCUCUGUUCUCCUCUGUGUUUCAGUGUGUCCAUAUAUUUAUAUACCAUGUAUCAUUUACCCCAGACUUCCUCUCUAUCCUGUUGACUUUUUUUUUUUCUUCUUAAACAGGUUCCGCUCUCCCAAAGAGCCAAAUGAGCCAGGGAAUGACAGCCUCUUUCAAAUCUUAGAGGAACUCAACUCACAAAGGUAUACAUUUUAAAGAGACCUGUUGAGUGCCACCUCUCAAUUUGUACUUUGAAAAUAACUGGCAUACCCUUUGCUUCUUACAGGCAGUGGAAGAAAUCAAAUGACUUCAACCGUAUUACUCUGUAUUUUAAUGAGCCACACAUGGAGAAGGAGGUACAGUUUUCAUCAGGUUUUGUCUGGGCCUAGUAUGUAACUGCACAUUACCAGGCAUGAAUACACAAUGUUAGAUAGUCCCUUAAUAUUUAGACACAAGUCAUCUGCUCACCGAGCCAUUACCUUUUCCUCAUCAUUCCCUAAACUUGACAAAACCCAUGUAGUUGGUAACAAGUGAUCUAUACAAUCUUCUAAAAUAGUGCCCUGUGCCUAUCCUAACAGAGAUGGGGUUGGCAACUAUGAAGCAGCUAGGCAAACCUGGCAAAACGAACACAUUCUAUAGAAAGAGAAGAAGAAAAAAAACUCAAUUGGAUAAAAAAGAAGAAAGCAGGUUUUGAUCACUAGGCACGUAUGGGAUACAUAAUAAAAGAUCAAAUUCAUAGACUUUAUAUGAGAGCAUAUUGGAAUUUAAAUAGCGCAACGGGAGGAGUUUUGGAGAAUUUACGUGAAAUGUGGUAUAAAGGUAUGUAGAGAGGAAGUAUAAGGAACAAUAUGAAGUUUAGUAGCAAGAUGUUACUAGAGCAAUAUAGGGAGUUAAUACAAUUGGAAACCAUAUUGGCAGCAGCAGCAAUAGGAUAUAUAGUGUGAAGUGAUAUAAACAGCUGCAGUAUGCAUAGGGUGAAACACUGUAGAAAGCAACACUUCAACCUACAAUUCCACCUGAUCUGGCAUGGUUAUUUUCCACAGUACCGACUCUCAGACCUACCAUCCUUUAAGUAUUACACCGCAUGCUGCUUCUUCAUCUUCACUUGUAACUUCACUGUCCAGAUGCUGGUGUCUCACAAGUAAGUGAAACUGGUUCAUGCACUCAAAAUCACAAUUUUGUCUCCCUAAGCAUGAGAACGGGAUGAUUUAUCCAUUCAUUAGCAGUGUAACACUUUGGGGAUAUUGACUACAGCAGGAUUGUUAUUCCCCCUUGCUAGUUAUAAGUUUUAUAGCCUAUUCUGGUUAGUAAAGUGACCUUACAUAUUUUAGAAUGUAAUGUUUUUGCAAAUACUGCUGUCUGAUCGAAGACUUGAAGCAACCAUUUAUUCAUAAAAUCAGGAUUUGAGGAGAAUUGAUAAAGGAACUUCACAUAGCUGAGCUAAACAACUAUUCUCUUUUUCCUGCUUUGUUUGUCUUGUUUCCUUGACAAUUCUUCAGAAGUCCUGGGUUCGCAUAGAAAUUUCGUUAAAUGUACCUAAACAUUCUUAUUCAAUAAAGUGACAGCCGGUCAAUGCGCCCUCUGAAUUUUUCUUAUUUUUACGGGUAUUUUUCUUAUGAUUGGACAUGUAUAAUAGUUAAUUUGUCUUUGUUCACUUACUGUGUCUAAACUUCUGUUGUGACUUUAGAAAUGCAGCCCUUGGGAUCUCGUAUGGCAUCUCCUUCUUCCUCUUCCUGCUUUUUCUCUUCACCUGCUUUGCAGGAGACCUUGCAGUAAGUAAUUUUUACAUACACGCACUUUAAUCUUGCUUCCCACAUAAUGUUUCUUUUAUAUCCUUUGAUUGAUUUGAUUUGAUUUAUUAAAUAUGUACCUUGAAGCUAGUAAUAAUGUCUAGACCUUAAAAUGUAUUUGGAAAAGAUAAACAAGCUAAAAUUGAAUUCUGGUUAUAUACUUGGAUAUGAUUAUUGUAAAACUAGUGAUCAUGGGGGAAAAAACUAUGUAAGAUAAUAAAGACAAUAUUGUGAUCAUAACUAUAUGCUAACUGGAGUACAAUGGAUUGCUGAGGAUGCUUGUAAUGGCCUAACUGGGCCCAAACCUAGGGCAAACGUCUAUCCCAGUGAAUUAACCUUUUGGUUUGGAUGGACUGUAAUAUUUUGUGUGCAUUCCUUAAAAUGUGCUUUUUAAUAAGUAUUUUAGCAUUAACAUUUUCAUUCUUAUCUGGCAAUUAAUUAAAAUUAAGUUAAUGACUAGAAGUAUGCACACCUCUUAUACGGCUUCAAAUGUAUAUGAUAUGUAUACACAGUGGAUGAAAAUGAAGUAGAUGUGUCUUGGAAAUGUGACUCUUGUUGGGAAGUACUAUACUAGACAUAAGAAGGUGACUGCUGUAUGAAUUAGAUUGGCAGGGAAAGACCUCCAGCAUCCACUAGUAACUACCCUACUACCAUAUAGAAGUAUCAGAGAAGUUGAUCAGUCUAUUUUUAGAUUAUAUUAUUGAUAAGCCACUUCUGCCAGAGCAGAAUUGAUAACACACAAGAAAUGUACAAUAUGUACACUGUUCUGAAAAUUGUUCAGAUCGGUUUUGAACACACUGGCAUAUCAAUGUCUGUUUAGAACACAGCAAAUUAGUGUCACACUUCUCCUUUUUAUUCAUCACUACUGUUAUCAAUAAACUUUUUACCUCUGACGUAAUUUUAAAAAGCUGUAGGAUCGCCAUUUUAUGUGACACUAAUUUUUUAAUUGUAUGAAUUAGAGGAACACUAUAGCCCCCCGGCCCCACCUUUUUCCCCUAAAUAUAGUAAAAUAUUACUUUUAUUUCUGACUUCUGAUGAUCAUAAGUGAUCAUCUCACCCGAUCACAAUGCUUCCCCAUAGAAAAGCAUUGGAUUGGCUGAGAUGAUCAAUUCUGAUGAUCUCAGCCAAGGAAGCUGACCGGGGCAGAGCCAAAUGCUGACCGUGGCUGUACCCCAUUCUUGGCAGGUCCUACUCUAACAGCCUAAUGCUUGCCUUUUAUGAGAUCAAUCCACUUACUUGGGAACUAUUUCCUCCUGGGACUCUCUACAAGUCAAGGCUAUAUAGGAUCCUGGAAUGAGGCCCCUGUGACAGGGAGGGGUGCAAAACCAAGGAGUUGGCCUGGACUCCCAGAUAUAUAAAUGAAACCAAGAGGGCUGCACUCACCUGAACAUGCACACAUUAUAGGGUGCCGCUGAGACCAAAAUAUACAAAAUACACAAACCAGCGCACUCGCUUAUUCACUAAACAAUGAUUUAAAAUCUUACAGAUUGUAAUAGUUUUAUUGUGUGUGUGUGAGUGUAUAUAGAUAUCUAUCUAUAUAUUCUUUCACCAGCAAAGAAAGGUUCCUAAUUUUUGGAGUAUGAUAAUUUUGAAAACGCUUUUCAAUUAUCACUCUGUGCUACUUUUCAAUACCAGCCACAAUUCACAAAGCAUCGGACAAAUACCAGAACUGAAUUGUGAUCAGGGCCAUCAUUUGAUACACCUAAAAGCUGCAAACUCAAACAACAUUAAAAUCAGCUCCUAGAUAGAAGUGUGGGUUAGUCAGAAUUAUAUGCCAGUUAUGUUAGUGUUUAUUCUAUACAGACAGUAAUACUUUAUCUUAAGGGGGUUCUGUCAUUUCCUGUAUAUGCGUUCCACAGAGUUUUCAUAAAUACAAUAAAAACAAAGCUGACCACCUUCAGUUACCUGAUGAUCCACAUUGUACACAAAGACCCUUACAAAAUUGGGUACAAGUACAAUAAGUGAUAAAACCUUUUGUUUAUACUUUGCUUAGCCAUCUGAUAUAUUAUUAUCAAGACUGCUGCAAUACAGUGCAUGUAAAAAAUAUAGAACUUGCAAUUUUCAAUUUUUUACAGGUUCACUUUUAGUGCACCAGACAUUCAUCCUUUUUCUAGCAGACUGUGACUUGCUUUCAUUCUCUUCUACCUAUUUUUUAGUUACUGUCUUUAAGUUAAUGUUAGUUCAUGCAUAUUGUUAAUUCACAAAUGUGAAUUGUUAAUACUGCCUGGGAUGUCUUUAUUACAGCGCUGUAUCUUCAAAGGACCUCAGCUUCUGCACUGGGUUCCCUCCCUCUCCGUUGCCAUUUCCAGCCGGCCAUGUCUUAGAGUUCCACUGGGCGUUCUCACAAUACUCUGUGUGCUUUUCAUGGCAGUGUUUAACCUGGUAAAUGUGUUUUGUUUUGGUGUCAUUCUGUAUCUUCAUCUAUAGUAUAUUUUAUAUAUGGGAUAUGCUUUUACUCUUUAUUUAGCAUGUUUCAACUUUAAAGAGUGUUUUUCCACACUGGGUUCCAGAGCUGCCAUCAGAGAUCUUGGGGUCUUUUACACAGCUCAAGGCAUAGGACCACAUGGCUACCCAAAGGGCUGACCCUCCCAUUCCAGCACCAUCUUGCAGGCAUUCUGUCCCUGUCCCGCCUGUUGAGAUGUAAUGUGUGGCUAUAGGGGAUGUAGUGGGUGUGUGUAACUUGUGUACAUGCAUAUUAAUACAAUAUUAAUAUUUGUGUAUAUAUUAUAAAACCAAUACUUCAUAUACACAAUAACCUUUAUAACAUAUACACAUGGAUGAGACACAUACUCCAUGUGUCUCAUUCUCCCCUUUGACAGCCCUUCCAGGUGUCUCAUCCCCGCCUCUCCCCCACGGUCUCAUUCCCCCCUCCCCCCCAAGCCAAUAACAUAGUAGAAUCAGUAGAAAAACGCACUCUCAGACUUACCUGGAAUGGAAACCACGACUGGGCACUGAUCAAAUGCCUAACCAAAGUUUAAAUAGCCCUGAGAGGGCUCUAGUUCACUGUUGGCGAUAACAUGAAGUUGGAACUUGCAUGACUUAUACGUGAUGACGUAGGAAUAUCCUACUCUUGAGUGGAGCCCUUAAAAGCUCUAAUGCGCAGCAGGCGGCGGUAGUUAGCACACCGGAUGCUAGUGCUACCACCAAGACUGUCACGGCACCCCCUGGAUCCGAGUCAUCUGUGUGGCAACGCACAGAGGGUAAGUGCAAUCUGAAACUGGUAUAACCGUAUUAUGAGGCACUUGGUACCGAUGCUGGUGCUAUUCUCCUUUAACUCCAUGCCAGUGUAAGGAGAUUUUGUUUUCUACUGCACCAAAUAGUAGAAGGUCCCCUGCUGGUAGCCCUUUGCGUCCCUGAUUUCGCCCCAUAUACCUGAAAGGGUUGUAGGUCCCUGAUGGUGGCCAUCGUGGGUUAUCUUGAAAUUUCAUUGAUUCUCCAUUGGUAGGAACAGGUACAUCAGACAGCUUUCCACAAUAAAUAAGUUUCUCGCAGCAAUGUUUUGCCCAGUGUGGUUUAUAUUUCUAAAACUGAAAAAUAAAUCAUCGAGACAAUGUCAUUCAUGCCAUGUAAUACAAGUCCCUUUUUAGAUAAAUAGCUUAAACUUGCUUUCAAUAUUUUUCUUAUUGUCUUUCCAACUGUGUCUUAUGAAUUACUUCUUGCUGUCUGUCCUAUAAACCUCUUUGUUUAUGGUGUAUACUAAUUUCUGAUAUUUGUGUUGUGUUUUGUUUUUAUUCACUUCAGUUUUUUAUGCCUUAUGACUCCUGCUCGGAUAUACUGCUCAAUUCAUCACAGUCUUCUUCUUCUGCAGAACCUCAGUCCCUGUACAGUCUGCCGGUCAGUAUCCAUUAAUAUAAUCUACCCAACAUUUACCUAAAGACCAAAUGCAUUAUUUAAAGUUCAUUGUCAUGAAAAAUGUCGUCAUUGUUAAAAUAAGUGAAUAUUUUUCACAAAAUCUGUCAAUGUCCUGAUUUUGUCUGUGUGCAUAGGAAUGCACCUGAAUGUCUAUCGGAUUUCAGCCUGUCCAGAUACUACAAGACAACUGAAAUCCAAAUUUGGAUGCUGAAUAUCCAGUAUAUUUGCUCACUGGCAGAGCGAGCAAUAAUACAGUGUCCUGUUCCAGAUCUCCCUAUAGAACUCCCUUACAUCCCAGCAGGUUGGGUUUUCAGUGAAAUAGUGAGUGGGAUGUGGUUUUAUAUUGGUUGUAAUAGAAAAGUGACCUUCCUCUGGUUUUCCCUAUGUCCCUACCAGUUUAGCGAUGGGUGUGGCCUAAAUUACAAAGAUGAAAGGGGAUAUACACUACUGGUCCACUGCCUUAUGUUCUUCCCCAUUGGCAAGAUCAAUAAAGGGGGACGUUCUAGCAGUGGGUGGUUUUAAUGUUAAUUGGGUGAACCUGCCCAAAAAUAAAAAAGUAAAAAAAAUGUAAUCAAUCAUUCGAGCACUUAAAAAUAACAAAUUUCUCUAAAGUGCUUAAAACGUGCCUUAAUUAAAUCAAGUAGUGGAUCACCUUUAAAAUGAUCUACUAAUUUUAAUUCAUUUAAAAUGCUUAUUCAGUGUAAGCCAUACAAACAAAAUCUAUACAGUUAUUUCUCACAUUCACAAAGUGUAAUAUUAAAAUGCAAUAACAAUUUCAAUAUGCAUAUAGCAUCACAAUUGGUGAUACCAGUCUUAAUAGAGCCAAUAUUUAAAAUGCAUACAAUCAAUGCGACCCAAUUCUCCCAACUUUAAUAAAUUACCGAAACUUUAAAGAAACCCUAUCUUUGGGAAUAUAUGUUAAAAUAAAUGUUUUUCUGAUUUAUGUAUAAAGGGAUAAACAGGGAGUGUAGAUAUCAGCUAAUUGAAUUAAAAUGCGUGGGUUUUUAUUAGAUUUGUAGUGAAUUAUAUUAGGUUGUUUGAAGUCCCUUUUCUACAUUAAUUAUGAUUGUUUUUGGAACUACCUCCCCAUGUGCAGCUAAACUUAUGUGGUCGUAGGGACUGUCUUUCAUCGAUCUUUAAUAGAUCUGUAACACCCUUAAGGCUGGCUGAGCUUCAUAGUUGCUGUAGUUCUACUAGGGUAUGCUGUUUGGCUACCUUUCUCUAGCAUUAAUGGAGAAAAAUAUAACUUCCCGAAAAACAGCAUAGUUAAACAGUGGUCAUCCACUAAAAUUAAAGGGACUCUCCUAAAGAACUUAAGCUUUCUGAAAAGCAUUGUGUGAAGAGUGUAUCCAUCUUUAUUUAUUUAUUUAUUUUGUGUGAAAAAAAUGCAGAUUCCAAUAGAAAUUGGCACUUUUAUAAAUUAUACUGGUUACACCCCCCUCCUGACUUUAAAGGACCACUAUAGUGCCAGGAAAACAAACUCUUUUUCCUGGCACUAUAGUGCCCUGAGGGUCCCACUCCUGCCGGGCUCUGUUGGGAGGAAGGAGGUUAAACACUCACCUUUCUCCAGCGCCGGGCUCCCUCCGUGCUGGGGACUCUCCUCCUCCUUCCGAUGUCAUCGGCUGAAUGCGCAUGCGCGGCAAGAGCCGCGCGCGCAUUCAGCCAGUCCAUAGGAAAGCAUUCUCAAUGCUUUCCUAUGGAUGCUGGUGUCUUCUCACUGUGAAAAUCACAGUGAGAAGCGCCUCUAGCGACUGUCAAUGAGACAGCCACUAGAGGCUGGAUUAACCCUAAAGUAAACAUAGCAGUUUCUCUGAAACUGCUAUGUUUACAGCAGGCAGGGUUAAUCCUAGAUGGACCUGGCACCCAGACCACUUCAUUAAGCUGAAGUGCAUUAAGCUGAAGUGGUCUGGGUGCCUAUAGUGGUCCUUUUAAUCCCGCAAAGCUAAUGAUUUAGCUUUGUUGGGUUACUCCACCUCUAGUGGCUGUCUACAAGACAGCGACUAGAAGGACUUCUGGGUCCUUAGGCGACUUUUGGUCGCCUAACUGAAGCUAGACGUCAUCACUCUAUGCAUGAGGACAUCCAGCGUCACCAGAAUCCCCAUAGGAAAGCAUUGUUUAAUGCAUUCCUGUGAGGAAAUCCUAAUAAGAGUACGGCCAAGGCGGACGUGAGCAGCGCUGAGGGACAUCGACGUUGGACCCGGGUAAGUCACAGAAGGGGUUUUUGACCCCUUUUGCACCACGGGGAUGUAGGUGAGCACUAUAGGAAACUAUAUUGCCAGGAAAACAAGUUUGCUUUCAUUUUAAGCAUAAGAAAUAUACUAAGACAAAGUCUUGGUAUAUCUUUUGACUGUGAAAAUUCCAACACAGUCUCUGUGCAUAUAUUAUCUUUAUGAAUUACUCGUCAAAGGGGUGGUGACAGAGCCAUUUAAAAAUAUAUAUAUUUUUAAAAUAAAUUUUACUAUCCGUUAUGUAAUCUGUAGCCACUGUUUAUUUUCUACAUUUACAAAACUCUUUCAAGUGUUGUAAGUCUUGAGUGACCUCUAGAGUCUAAUUGAUGAAUAGCACAAAAUAAUAAUAUUUAUAAAUGUUAUCUCUGAUCUCCCCAAUUGCUUUACAAUCAUUUUCCUUCAAAUAGCACACGACAAUUUCUAAUUCAAGCUUGGCAAUACAAUAAUAUGUGAUGGUUCAUAAACUAGAUUUAGUAUUUAUUUUAUAUGCUAAUUUCCCAUCUUGGCAUUUUUAUGUAUUUGUAUUUAUAUAGUUUUUGUGAUCUUGGCAUUAAAUAAUGAAGCUGCAUCUUGGGUCACAUGUUUUUAUCUGAUCUGACAGUUUCUUGCGAAAUACAUUCUUUCAAACACAUUAUAUGGAAAUUGUGGAUUGAUACACUGACCUCACCGUGUUUUAAAUGUAAAAAUGGUGACUACAUUUGAAUAGAUGAAGCCAAUCAAUAUAUUUUGAAUACGCUCUAGCAAAGUUCUGAUAAUGUGCACCUAUCAAACCCUAAUAAUUUGUAAACUUAAUCAAAUCGUGGAUAAAUCCAUCUUUCCCUGGCAGCACAGGCUGUUUAACGUGGGAGCUGAAAAAUUAAACAAAUGUUUGUAUACCCCCAUACUGUUCUCCAUUUAUUGCUUCAAUGCUGUGCCAUGAGUUAAACAUUUGUAUACUCUUUAUCAGGUAUAUUCCCAGAACUGUGACUUAACAGGUAGUUCUGCUGUUUUGGUCUCAAAUUUGCAAUUUCCUAGUGAAUGCCUGAAAAUUCUCAGUUUAGUCCAUAAUCCUCAGAAUAAUUUGUGUGUGUAUAUAAUAUUUUCCAAACCCUGAAUUAUUGGGAAUUUAAAGGGACACUACAGUCACCAGAACUACAGUGCGGAUAGUCAGUCCCCUUAGACUUUUUGCAGUAAACAGUCUUUUAAGAGAAAAGGCAAUGCUUACAUUACAGCCUAGGAACACCUCUUAUGGCCACUACUCAGAUGUCCACUGGAGGUGCUUCCUGAUGCUGUGAGAGACACAGAACUUUUCCCAUAGAGCUGCAUUGAUUCAAUGCAUCUCUGUAAGUAGAUGUUGAUUGGCCUCGCCUCCUGACGAUCUCGACCAAUCCACUGCAGAUCAUCAAUAAAUCCAUUCUGAUCUCAGCCAAGGAAGCCGAUCUGGGGGCAGGGCCAAAGUUUUCUUACCUUGUAAUGGGGGGAAGAGGAGGGUGAAACCGGGGUUGGGGGGACCAAGGAACUCUUGAGAUGCAUUUGUAAUCCAGGCCUUUUAUGCGUUUUUGACUUACAUUCAUUCUACCACAGGUUCAUCCUUACAUAUCAAAUAUCAUAUUUUAAAUUAGAAAUAGGGCUUUCUUUUGAUACCCCACUUGUAUGCACAAACACAACAUUAAAUAAGAAUACAAUAUUAAGAAAUAAAGAAAAAAAAAUUCUCAGUUUUUUAUUUAAUAAUUUCUGCAACUAAACAAAAAUAACUCAAAAUAGAUGUGUAAUUUGGUCAUGAUUAUUAAAAUGCGUAAUAUCUCUAGGAUUUCAAUUAGUUUGUUCUAUACAGUAAUGAUAUAAUUUUAAUUAAGUGUGCAGAUGACCACUAAUACUAUUCUGCAGAAAGUCAGCAGAUACAGAGUUGGAUGCCGAUUUAAAAACAGAAGCCUGGAGAUAUUUUAUUUUAACCAGACUGCUAUUUCCUGUGUUCCUUUCAUUCAUAUGUAUCUGUGGUUAUGUGGGAUGGUUAAAUCAACAUUUUGAUUAAACCACAGCUUGCUUUAUUUUGUUUAAAAACAUUUUUAACAGAAGAUUAUAAACCACAGUCUGCAAAACAGAUAUAAAAAUUAUUUUGAACUAAUAGCAUACUAGGGGGAAAGAUGGGUGGAGGGCUCUUGGCCAUGUUUCAGAGGUGAAAUAAUCCCAAUCCUUCACGUUAAAUGAACACUUAAUACCAUCCUAUAACCUGAUUAAUUGGCGGAGAUAGCAGUGGCACCACUUUUUAUGCUCUCUUCCUGCCUCUAUUUAAUUCUCAGAAGGUAGGUGGAACAUAUGAGCCCACUAACAGCAGGGGGUGUGGUCAUUUAAAAUGCCUAAAAAAAGUAGACCUUUGCUUGUUAUGUCUCCAUCACAUAUACAUUUCUACAAAUAGGUACUCUAGUUCGUGGGUGCCCAAAGGGUAGAUCCACAGAUGAUGUAGAACUACCGCUCCCAUGAUGCUUUGCAUGCCUUUAGAAUGACAAAGCGUCAUGGAAGCUGUAGUUUUACAACAUCUGGCGAUCUACAUUUAAGGCACCCUUGUUCUAGUUCAUAGCAAUUGGCAGCCUUUAAUGAAUUAUAAAAAGAAUGCAAUUUUUUUAAUAUCUUGACUGUAGCUACUGUUUGAUGUGACAACGGUCUUUCCUGAACUGAAAUUGCACUAGAUAAACUCCAAUUUAGGCUAUUACCUGGUGUUAUUUAAUGGAAGGAGCCUGCAAGGCUGCACCUAGGUUUCCUGAACAUAAUCCUGGUUCUCCUUUCUGUUCACACCAGAGUGCACAUUUUGGUCAAUGCAGGCUAUAUCAAGGCUUUGCUAUAAUUAGCAAGGCUGAUCACUGAUUGAAUGCAGUGGUCCAGAAGGGAAAGGAUGAUAGCUUGCUGAAGGGCAAUCGAUGCAGAAAUAAGUUUACUUUUUUCAUGACAGGGCUGUUGUCACAUUACAUGGGUUCCAGUACAACUUGUAUAUCUUGCCUGCCCCUUGUUUCCCCAUUUUUCCCCUCAGCCUACACUUCCCACUUUAAUGUAUAUCCUUCACCUCUAUUCUAUUACCAGUUUCCUCCUUAUCCCAUAUGUGACGGUAGUAGAAAAUAUCCCCGUCAAGCAUUCCCUUCUUCCCAUAAAAGAAAAGCACUCCAUAUUCUAUAAGUAGAAAUAUCCCUGGAAUCGCCGACUAAUCCACACAUGAGCCAAAACUUAAUGCUGGAACAAGACUGAUUUACGGGCACACAGAACUCACAAUUUAUGCAACACAAAACUCCUCCUCUGGGCCAGGCUAGAUAAUUGAGUUUCUACGAAACACAAAGCUCAAUUAUCUGCUGGCCAGAAACAUUACAAUUUUUAACAAUUUAAGAAACAUACUUUUUACAAGACAUACAAUUAUACUUUUAACAUCCCUGGGUAGCUGAGGAUACUGGUAGUCACAUAUCCAAAUCUCACGAAUUUCCGUUCGGUAGUUUCCGUGUCGCAUCGUGUGGAAGUUUGACCGGCUUGCCAUGUGGAGGUAUCCGAGUUAGAGUUCCAUAGAAUCAGUAGCAAGAGCCGGUCUCCGUUCGCAUCUAACUACACGAAAACCACCGUUCGUAUGGUUCAGCUGGUUACCUGUGAAUGUUCCCCCUCAUUCGCUCAUUCGGUAGAUGCUAUCUACCGAACGCCAGUUUGAUUCGUGGAAGGGAAUGUAUUCAUCCAGGACUUGCAUGGAGACCGGGCGUUCGCAUGUUUCCCGUACCGAAAACAGUUCCAUGCAAUUCAUGCGUAAGCCCCGCUGACCGCAUUCGUGAGUUUUAAGAUGGCCGCCAUCCUUUGUUCUCGCCACGUGUUCGUAUGUCGAAUGGCGGCCACCUAGUAGCAAUUAAGUUGCGGUUUCUCUGUGUUCUACUUGCUACCCAGUGUGUGUGGUCCCCUUUCGGUAAGCUAAUACAUUUAUUCUCAACAUUUUGAACUGAACAAAUACAGACAUUAAAACAGCAGGGAGAGGGUUAAGCUGAAAGCAUAUAGGCAAAUACAUAAAAGUCCUUCACAAUGGCCCCCCUUUUUCUCCCUGCUCCGGCAACUCGGUUGGACCUUUCCUGGUCCAGUAGGGUUGACGGGUUCAGAAUUUUUAGUCCGAGGUUAAAUCCGUUUGGCGUGACAGUCCAUUGGCAUUCCCGUUUUGCUUGCCUGGGCGAUAAUUAAUCGUAAAGUCAUAGGGCUGUAAGGCCAAGCUCCAGCGUAGCAAACUGGCGUUGUCCCCUGAAACCCGGUUAAGCCACACCAAGGGAUUGUGAUCGGUAAUGAGAGUGAAAGCCCGGCCAUAAAGGUAAGGUGUGAGCUCUUUGAGUGCCCAUACCCAGGCCAAACACUCUUUUUCAAUGGUGGCAUAACUGACCUCCCUUGGCAACAGCUUCCGACUCAGGUAUGCCACCGGGCGCUCUCCUCCAUCCUCUCCGAUCUGGCUUAGUACUGCCCCCAGUCCAAACAUUGAAGCGUCUGUGUGGACAAUAAAUCUUUUGUGAGGAUCUGGGGUAACCAACACCGGAGCAUUAACCAGAGCAGUCUUUAGUGCUUGGAAAGCCACCUCGCAUUCCGGGGACCACAGGACUUGUCGGGGUAGCUUCUUUUUGGUCAAGUCGGUCAGGGGUUUGGCUAGGGCGUUAUAGUCGGGUACAAAGCGUCUGUAAUAGCUGGAUGUGCCCAAGAAAGCCAUGACUUGUGUCUUGGUGUGGGGAGUGGGCCAAUUGGCAACGGCCUCGAUCUUAGCCGGCUCCGGCCAUUGCUUACCACAUCCUACUCGGUGGCCCAAAUAUUGUACCUCCGCCAUACCCAAAUGACCUUUGUCGGGUUUCAGGGUCAGCCCGGCCCCCCUGAUCCUAUCUAAUACUACCCCUACGUGCUCUAGGUGCGCUUCCCACGUAUCGCUGUGGAUGGCGAUGUCAUCCAGGUAAGCGCAUGCGAAGCCCUGGAGACCCCCAAGUAACUGAUCCACCAAUCCGUUGGAAGGUGGCCGGGGCAUUCUUCAUCCCGAACGGCAUAACCCGGAAUUGGUAUAGGCCGAACGGGGUGAUGAAGGCCGACUUGGGUAUGGCAUCUUCUGCUAGGGGGAUCUGCCAAUAUCCCUUGCAUAGGUUUAUUGAGGUCAGAUACUUCCCUGCAGAGAUACGGUCAAGCAGCUCGUCCAUCCGUGGCAUCGGAUAGGCGUCCGUAACCGUCUUGUCGUUGAGGCGCCGGUAAUCUACACAGAAGCGGGUUGUCCCGUCCUUCUUUGGCACUAAGACUACCGGCGAGGCCCAAGGACUUUCUGAGUGUUCGAUUACGCCUAGCCGAAGCAUCUAAUCUAUUUCCUUCCGCAUCCCUUCCCGGACUGCUUCUGGAAUACGGUAAGGAGGCUGUCUCAGGGGUGCCUGUCCUGGAGUCUCCACCUUGUGUACGGCUAGGGGUGUGUACCCAGGCUCCUGAGAGAAUGUGGCCUCUUUCGUUUCUAGUAAGCGGACAGCUUGAGCCCGCUCUUGCGGCUCCAGCUGUUCACCUAGCUGGACUUUCUCUAUCUGGGUCAUCCCUUCGUUACUGCUCAAUAGGUCGGGAAGGGGUAGUGUCUUUGUGUCUUCCCCUGCUGGUGCACAGAUAGCAGCUACCUCCUCUGCCUGUUCCGGAUAGGCCUUGAGCAUGUUGAUGUGAAAGGUUCGUUUCACAUCUUCAUCCUCCCAGCUGGCUAUCGUGUAGGUAGUGUCGCAUAUUUGUCCUAUAACUUUAUAGGGGCCCUGCCAGGCGGCCUGGAGCUUGUCUGUUCGGACCGGCCUUAACACCAUGACCUUUUGGCCUAUCUGAAAUCUCUGGUGCCUAGCCCGUCGGUCGUACCAUACCUUCUGGCGUUGUUGGGCCGCCUGGAGGUUCUCUCGCACUGUCUGGGCUAAUUCCUCCAUGCAGUCCCUCAGUUCCAGGACCUAAGGUACAACAGGGGUCCCCUCAAUUUCUGUUUGCCCUUCCCAGUGAUCCUUGAUGAGAUAUAUAAGGGCCCCCUCACCCGCCUCCCAUAGAGAAGUUCGAAGGGUGAGAAUCCGGUCGAUUCCUGCGGCACCUCUCAGUAGGCAAAGAGAAGGUGUGGCAGGAAUCGCUCCCAAUCCUUGUACGCCCCCGUGAACGACUUCAACAUUUGCUUUAGCGUCCCGUUGAAGCGCUCGCACAGGCCGUUAGUCUGGGGGUGGUAUGGGGAGCUAGUCAGGGAUUUAACUCCACAGGUUUUCCAUAUCUGCUGGGUUACCUCGGCCGUGAAUUGUGUACCUUGGUCAGACAGAACCUCCUUGGGAAUGCCUACUCGGGAAAAUAUUUUAACUAGGGCCUCUGCCACUGUCUCAGCCUGUAUGUUAGAAAGAGCCACUGCUUCGGGGUAACGGGUGGCGUAAUCUACUACGGUGAGUAUAUAACGCUUGCCGGAACGGCUAGGUUGGGCCAGGUGCCCUAUAAUGUCCACGGCUACCCUUGCACGUUUGACAAUACGCCCUGACUUCGUCGGAUACCCCAGGCCAGAAAAAGUUCUGGGUUAUCCGAUAUCCCGUCUUGCGUAUUCCCAAGUGGCCUGCCAAGGGUACGUCGUGCCCAAUCCUCAAUAACUCCUGCCGGUACUUCCGGGGAACUACCAGCUGGCGUUUUUGCUUAGGCCCUGGUGCAUUACCCCGGGUCUCGGUGAGCCUGUACAAGCGGCCUUUCUCCCAGAUAAAUUGCUCCUUCUCUAACCCCCCUUUGCCCCUCCUGGCUUUCUCUCGAUACUUUCUGAGGGAAGGGUCUCCGGUCACCUCCCGCCCAAAGUCCUCUGGGGUGUCCCAGGGUAGGGGUUCUACAGUCAAGGGUAGAUUGGGUUGGCUUACCUGGGUCUCAGUAGGAAGCGGAUGGCUCUCGGCAGCGUGACUUUGUGCUCUGGUGGUUACUGCGUGGGCCUCCUGAGCGGUGGUUGAGGCGAACGCCGAAGUCAGGGGGCCAAUGUCGUUGCCCAAGAUGACUUCAGAAGGUAAGUCUUUCAUGACGCCCACAUGAACAUUGCCAGCUCCCGCACCCCAGUCCAGGUGUACCUGUGCAGUAGGAAUACGGUAUACUGCCCCCCCUGCCACUCUCACAGCAAUUGAUUUCCCCGGUUUCUCCGAUGCGUUAAUAAGGUGUCUUUGUACCAACGUGAUGGUCGCCCCACUGUCUCUUAAUCCCCGGGCGGUCUUGCCGUUAACCAUGACCAGCUGACAAUGGUGUUUCCUAUUGUCCGUAAUGAGGGAUUGUACCAUGAGGGCUUCGUAAAGGGUGCCCAAUGGUUCUUCCUGACCCAGCUCCUGGGGAUCCCAAGCCGAGUCUACACAAUGGGCUGCUGCUGGUAGGCGGUACCCAGGUCGAGACCAAUUUGACCUGGUGUUGUUGUCCAUGGGGCAAUUCUGCUUGAAGUGACCCAGCUGUUUGCACCGGAAGCAGCGAUGUUCAUUGUCCUCCUGGCGUGGAUAGCGAGGGUUAGAUGUCACCGGUCUGUUAGGAGGUUGAUAUCUAGCGGCUGGUGGGUGUGAGGGCACCGUUGGUCGUGGAGGUUGUACCCGUGGUGUGACCUGGUUCGUCUUGUGAGUAUCCGCAUAUUCAUCCACCAACUUAGCGACCUCUGGUAGAGACAUGGGCCUGCGAUCUCUCACCCAGUCUUUGACAUCCGUCUGGAUUUGAUUGUAAAAUUGCUCCAGGAGCAUUAGUUGCAGGAUGUCCUCUGCGGUGGUGGCCUGGCUGCUGUUAACCCAGUUAGAGGCCGACAGGGAUAACUGGCAUGCCCAUUCCACGUAAGAGUCUUUCGUGGUUUUGCGUGAGUCCCUGAACUUCUGUUGGUAGGACUCUGGGGUUACUGAAUAACGUGCCAGGAGCACUUCUUUAACCCUGGCGUAGCUAUGGAUCUCCUGUUCUGGCACAGUCCAGAAAGCAUCAGAAGCUUUGCCUGACAAUAUUGAAACCCACUCUCCCCUAGCUAUUCGGUGCAGGUUACAUUGUCGCUCAAAAUCUGCCAGGUAGUUAUCAAUUUCAGUAUUUUUCAUCAAAAGCUUUAAAAGCGCUAAACAGAAUCUUCAUUGUGUCUGCUGUGCUGUACUCACUGUUGGAGAAUGUGCGGCUGCUUGUCGGACUGCUGCCAGUUUUAACUGUAGCUCUGCGUCUCUUAUUUGUUUAGCCUCCUCCGCUAACAGGUUCAUCACUUUCAGUACCACAUCUGCCGUUGGGUUCGGACCGAACCAUGCUAGCUUCUCUCAUAUUACCUUGUUGGCUGGUGAUUCCUCCUCCUGAAUCACUGGUGUCUCCAUCUCUUGUACUGCUGGCAUUGCUGCAACCAAGUUCUCCUGGUCCAGCUCCAUUAAUUCUGCUAUGAUGACCCGCUUGGUUUUGUUGCUAGCAAUCCUUCCACGAGCUUCCAGUAGUUCUUUCGGUGUAUUUCUUUUAAGCAGGGUGUACCAGCCUUCCAUUCACUGUUCCCAGUGUCUGCUUGGAAUCCUGGUGUAAAGGAAAGUAGAAGGGAAAAUCCCGCCGCUGCCAACCAGUUGUGACGGUAGUAGAAAAUAUCCCCGUAAAGCAUUCCCUUCUUCCCAUAAAAGAAAAGCACUCAAUAUUCCAUAAGUAGAAAUAUCCCUGGAAUCGCCGAAUAAUCCACACAUGAGCCAAAACUUAAUGCUGGAACAAGACUGAUUUACUGGCACACAGAACUCACAAUUUAUGCAACACAAAACUCCUCCUCUGGGCCAUGCUAGAUAAUUGAGUUUCUACAAUACACAAAGCUCAAUUAUCUGCUGGCCAGAAACAUUACAAUUUAAGAAACAUACUUUUUACAAGACAUACAAAUAUACUUUUAACAUCCCUGGGUAGCUGAGGAUACUGGUAGUCACAUAUCCAAAUCUCACGAAUUUCCGUUCGAUAGUUUCCGUGUCGCAUCGUGUGGAAGUUUGACCGGCUUGCCAUGUGGAGGUAUCCGAGUUAGAGUUCCAUAGAAUCAGUAGCAAGAGCCGGUCUCCGUUCGCAUCUAACUACACAAAAACCACCGUUCGUAUGGUUCAGCUGGUUACCUGUGAAUGUUCCCCCUCAUUCGCUCAUUCGGUAGAUGCUAUCUACCGAACGCCAGUUUGAUUCGUAGAGGGGAAUGUAUUCAUCCAGGACUUCCAUGGGGACCGGGCGUUCGCAUGUUUCCCGUACCGAAAACAGUUCCAUGCAAGUCAUGCGUAAGCCCCGCAGACCGCAUUCGUGAGUUUUAAGUUGGCUGCCAUCCUUUGUUCUCACCACGUGUUCGUAUGUCGAAUGGCGGCCACCUAGUAGCAAGUAAGUUGCGGUUUCUCUGUGUUCUAAUUGUUACUUGCUACCCAGGGUGUGUGGUCCCCUUUCGGUAAGCUAAUACAUUUAUUCUCAACAUUUUGAACUGAACAAAUACAGACAUUAAAACAGCAGGGAGAGGGUUAAGCUGAAAGCAUAUAGGCAAAUACAUAAAAGUCCUUCACACCAUACAUUAGCAAUACUCCUCUAUUUUACAUCAUUCCCUUUAAUCAGUUGGUUUUUAGUGAGAGGCCUCAUUGCUGCACAAGUUACACUGAUGCAGCCAGUGCUGUAAUGUUGCAGAGCAUAGCUGCGUAUUUUGUGUCCAAAGUGAAUUAACAUUGUCAUUGUUAUCUGCAUCUGUAUGUAAUAAUGACCUUGUUAUGAAUGUGACGGUCAGAUAAUAUGGUUCUAUAUUGUAUAUUCUAAGUAACUAAUCUUUUGCUGUUUUCAUUUUACAGUAUUACAUGUACUGUUGCAUUCUGGGACUUCUGGCCUGCUCUGCCUUCCUUCUUAUGAACUUUGAAGUCAAACUGAUACUUCUGAUUAUUGCUCUUGUGAUCUACAACGUGAUAUUCCUGCACAUACACAGCUGGGUGUCGGAGUGUUACAUGGAAUGGCUGAAUCAGACAGAUCCUAGGUAUUGGUGAAGUACAUGCAUCUUGUGAUACUUGUGACCCUUUUAAGGGAUGUUUUUAUUUGAUAAGGAGGGUAGCACGAGAGGUCCUACAUGUAAUAAUUUAUUACAUUUUCUUUUUCCUCAUUAGACCUGGAGUCCUCAAAGAGCCAAAGUUUAUGGGCAGCAUUGCGUUAUUCAUCUUCUUCUUCACCUUGCUGGCCCUAGCUAGGCAGGUAAGUGACAGACAUCAUCGUCAAACUGAACUCCUAAUAACAUAAAUGACAGGAAUAAACAAAUGGCACCCAAUAAUAAUUGAAUUAUAUAACUAAUGUCAAGGUGAAAAAAUAUCUUGCUGGCAGCAUAGGGGCCAAUAUUGGGCGUGAAAGAGCCAUCUCUGAAAGGAUUUUAGCAAUCGCAGAAUUUGACCAUCACAGUUGUUUGGUUUUUUUCUCUGAAACACACACACAGGUCUGUUCUCUAAAGCAGGCUUCCCCAAACUCCAGCCCUCCAGGUGUUGCUGAACUACAACUCCCAUGAUUCUAUGAAUGAAAUAGGCUGAGAAUCAUGGGAGUUGUAGUUCAGCAACAUCUGGAGGGCUGGAGUUUGGGGAAGCCUGCUCUAAAGUGUGUAUAAUUAGUAAUUAAUAGUGCAUUUGAAAUUCUAGGCCAAAAUAGAAAGAAAUUUUAAAAACUCAUUAUCUAGUUUGGCUCUUUUGACCUAAAAUUCACUUUACAUUUCAUUUUAAAUUCCCAACAAUCCACAUUUAAGUAAAUAACUCUUACAGUGCUCUGCAUCAUCCCAACAGCAGAGUAUGAGUGACAAUACCUGGUCCACAUACCAUGUGUCUACUUGAUACAUAAACACAAACUCCUAUACAUUGAAUAGAUAGCCAAUAGUAUCGAAUAACUCACGACUAAGUGCCUAUUGCUGCAUAUGUAAGAACAAAAAGGUCAAUGUUGGAUUAACUUGUAAUUUUAUUUUAAUCUAUUUUGUAGAACGAAUACUACUGCCGCUUAGACUUUUUAUGGAAAAGAAAGUUUAAAAUGGAACGAGAGAGAAUUGAGACAAUGGAAAAUCUGAACCGUGUAUUGCUAGAAAACGUACUGCCUGCUGACGUGGCUCAACAGUUUAUUGGACAGAACCUUAGAAAUGAGGUAAGUCGUUACUGUAGGAGGUGAUUGUCUUAUUAGAUAUAGGUUUGAGGUGCACGAUACCAAGCGCCUUCUGUAACCUGACUUGAAAGCGUGUUAGACAGCAAAUACUUUUAUAUUUGACUGAUUCUUAAUUUUUUUUUUUUUUUCUUCGGUGACGAUUAUCUAACACACUCUGUUCUUUCAGGAUCUAUAUUACAAGUCGUACGAGUGUGUAUGUGUUAUCUUUGCCUCCAUUCCUGACUUUAAGGAAUUCUAUACUGAAAGCGAUGAGAACCGCGAAGGCCUGGAGUGUCUUCGGCUGCUGAAUGAAAUAAUAGCAGAUUUUGAUGAGGUAAGCAUUGGGUGUAGUGGUAAUUGUUGACCAUUGAUAUGUAUAACUGUAUUUCAAUUUUCUAGGUGGUUAGAAUGGUUCAAAAUGGACACAUCGAAUCAUGAGCACUUGCAGCCCUUUUUAUGUGUAGGGAAAGUCACAGAUUUUUCACAUUAUUUGAUUUCCAUUUGCCAGCUUCUUUCAAAACCAAAGUUCAGUAGUGUGGAAAAAAUAAAGACCAUCGGCAGUGCAUAUAUGGCAGCCACAGGAUUAAACCCCACAUCAGGGCAAGAAAACCCACAGGUAUUGUAUAUGUCUCUGUCCAUAUAUCUGUCUUACUGUAGCAGUCCAAUCUUCGCAGCACCUUCUUAUAAUUGCCAUGGAAUCCUCUUAAUUGCUUACAGGAUGGGGACCGAAAUUACAGUCAUAUUGGUAUCAUGGUAGAGUUUGCAAUGGCUCUGAUUGGAAAGUUAGACGUGAUCAAUAAACACUCAUUCAACAACUUCAAACUUCGUGUAGGUGAGUGACAUUAAAAAUGCUGCUGUGUUUUGUAAGGAGAUAUAGUUGACGUCUUGCAUAAUGUAGUGGAUGUAUGCCAUUAUAAUAAUCAAAAUAUUUUCUUAAGCUAUUCCAUUGUGUUAAACUAUACCAAUUAUCCAAGUCAAUGACCUCAGCAGGAGCAGAUAGGAAUCUAGUCUUCCACCCAGAGUAUUAUAGGGUUAUCCUUCAAAUAAAUCAAGCUAAAACUCCCCUCCAUUCCAGCAAAGUUCUUUCCUUAUCUGUAGUCUCCACAACUGACAUUCUCCUCCUGGAAGGGGAGGGAUGUAGGGCGGUGGGUGAGGCUUAUGGGAGAACAUGGGCAGUAUGGAUAGAGGGAACAUGCCACCAUAUGUUGCCAGCCAUCAGCCUGCUGUGCGUGCUGACGUCAGUACUGACUUUAGCUAGCCUAAUACUCUUGUUCUAGGCUAGAUAAUGACGCUGCUGUAGGUGGAGUUACUCAUCUGAAGGCAAAGGGGUUAAACUGUUUACAGACUCCAGGCAUCAUGACCACUUAAAAUCACCAAAGUGGAGUAAUUCCUUAACCAAACUUGUAAUGUCAUUGCCACACUGCAGGUUGGAAUUUAUUGAAUGAUAGAGUGGACAUGUUUAAUAUAAUUCCAAUUAUUAGGCCAUGUCUAACCUUAAGACUAAAAGAAAAUUUGGCAUUUGAAUUGGAAUUUUGUUACCUGCUAAAAGAAUUCAAAAUAAUCUCUCAAUUAACCUAGGUAUCCUUUUGUUUUGCUUCUCUCUCUUUCCCCAAGGUAUUAAUCACGGACCUGUUGUGGCUGGGGUUAUAGGUGCACAGAAACCACAGUAUGAUAUAUGGGGUAACACUGUAAAUGUUGCAAGUCGCAUGGACAGUACUGGAGUGCUGGGUAAAAUUCAGGUAACGUCUGAUGAGAAGAUGUGUAAAAUAAUUUCUUCCAAGAAUAGAAUGGCUAUUAUUUUAAACAUUGUUACAUACAAAUUUUAGGAAGACUUUUUUUUUUUUUUAAAUUCAAUAGGCAUGCAAUAAAUUAUUUUAGAAAAAAAUCGACAAAAACUGAAGAUGUUAUUACUUCAUCAUACUGCACAGAUACUUUUAAUCAAUACAAGAGCUGCUGUCUUAAAAAAUCUUUUGGCAGAUAAAUCAUUAUUUAGAACCCCAUUGUUUCAAUUGCCAUAAUGUAGUCCAAAAAAAUACUACUCCGGAGAAAGUCUAAAAAAACUGUUGGAGAAUUAAUGUGCUAAGAUGAUUUACUUUUAAAAUUCCAAGUACAUUUUAGAGGUAAGUAGAAAUGUGGAUCUCUGGAGCGAAUUAUUUGGUUUUUGUACCUGUUGAUCCAGAGAAAGAUUUUCACUCAAAUCAAAUAAUUGAUUAUUCCACGAGUUAGAUAACAAGCAAAAGCCCAACUUCUGCUCAUACCACCAAAAAAAAUAAAAUUAAAAAAAAUUACUUUUUCAUGUUGUUACAUGUUAAUUACAACAGAUAUGUAGUAUGGGGAAGUGCACUUACUAAUCAGCUGCAGGCAGCUCUUCAAGGUGGAUCUUAUCACCCAAAAUAUUAAUUUGAAAUAAAAAUCUUUGAUCAAAAAAAUCCCCAGACACUAUCAGUUCAGGGAUUUCCAUUUCUCUAUAUAGUGGCUGAGCUGUCUCAGGUCUCCUCUUAACCAGCUGCAAAAAAAGGUACAGUGUGUAUUUGAAGUGCUGCACAUAAAUGCAUGACCUUUCUUCCAUGAAAAUAGCAUGAGAAGCUGCUUCCCCAAAAUCAGUACAAUUACAAUUGACCGUAGUUGUGAAUGAUGGCACUUCUCAAAAUGUGUAAUCAGCUUUCCAUUCAUUUACUAUAGCAACAUGAAUGCUUUUUAAAAAGUGUACAAUCCAUUUUUUUCCUUCAUUACAUUACAUGAAAUGUCAGUGGUUAUUGUGUUUGUCAUGUUUAUUUAAAAUUCAAAUUCAGGGCCUAUAUUUCAGCCUAGACCUUAGACAGCAGAGACUGUUAUUUAUUUUUAUUUUUUUAUUAUUAAUUGGAAUUUAAGUAAAUGGAGAACAGAUACUGGAGCCUCAGAGGCCCAACAAUAAGCUGUCAUGCAAAAGAAUGAAACAAAACCAGUAUGGACUUGAUCAUUUUGAUAAUGGUAAUUAUAUAAUAUAUCUUUUGAUUAGGCAAUGGACCUAGUUGCUGUAGUAGUCUACUCUGUCUGUCUGGAUAUCUUGGAAGGUGGGAUUAAAAUAACAUUCCAAAAAUUGUAUAUGGUCUGUCAAACUGUUCCUGAUCAUUUUGUAUUUUUAGAAUGUGGCAAGAUUCUACUCAGAGAUAAUUAUUUCAUUCAAGAGCUUUACAGUACAGAAUGCACAAAUUACAAGGAGCAUGUCUUUUUUACUUUCCACAGGUCACUGAAGAAACCAACAAAGUUCUACAGAAACUGGGAUACACCUGUGAACGGCGAGGAGUCAUCAAGGUCAAAGGAAAAGGUCAACUCUGUACCUAUUUUGUUUCUACGGACAUGGCACGUUCUAGUUCCCAAGGCAAUGUUUUGAACUAGGUCUCCGUAUUCUCAAUCUAAAAAGAGAGGCUUUCUUAGGACCAUACUGCCAAACUGAUGAUAGAAAAAUGAGGAGGAUGGUGGUGAUUUUAGUAUGUAAGGCAGAAAAAACCCUUCUAAUAACUGGAUUGCCUGCUAACUAUCCAAGUCCUCUAUAGUCUGGCAGUUGCAGGCAUUUGCAUGAAGGAUUGAAAGGACCAUACUUAAUUGCUGUAUGGAAAGAGGAAUAUUUUGGGCUGACUUGUGGCUGGCCCGCAAAGUAGAAACUGGGUAAAUCCAGGCAUGCCAUUAAAAGGAUAACAUAGGCUAUUUUAUUAUUCUUGACCAGUAGAUCUAUGCUUUUAAGUGGUAGCCAUAGAAGUGAUAUGUUGGUGGGCCGGAUCCUAUCAAAACAGUAAUAUGAAAAAUGAGAUGCACAGGCAAACUGGAGGCUAUUGCAAAAGCUCUAGUGGGCAACAUCGGAGCCACAACACUCCUGAUGGAUAGUGCUGUUGUAAAGGAACAAAGAAGACUGCAUCGGGGUAUGACACUUCUACCAGAUGCACAGAGAAGAAUGCCACAAAGCACUCUGCUUUUCCAGCUUACAUUCUAUCCAUGAGGUCUGUAAACUAGCAGAGGUCCAACUCAGUGACUGUUUGGAAUAUUACAGUAUGGUAUUAUCACUUCCAAUUGGCAGUCAUACAAUGUCACAAAGUAUCAGCAAGUUGCUGAAAUAAAGUAUCCAGUAGCCAGAGGCAAAGUGAUGGGUUCUGCAAUGACCGCUAAGCUCAGCAGUGCAUAUUGUGUUUAUAGCCUGGGCUACAAUAUAACAUGCAGCUUUAAAAAAUAAAAAAACCCAUCUGAUUUUCCAAAAGAGGAAGUGAGCAAGCCAUGACUGGCCCCACACGUCAUUUACAGAAAAGGAAGGUGUAAUCUAUAUACAAAGCAGCUCUCAUCACUUGACAUUGUAAUAUAUAUUUAUAUAUACACAUCCAUGCCGCGCCCAUUGUAUUUAUUCAUCACAAUAAACUCUUGUUAUUAAACAAUUGUGUUUCUACAUACAAGGAAAUUUGAAGUAAAAAAAAAAAUGGCAAUUUCCCUUUGGCUAUUCUCUUGUAUCGUAAUGAUUAUACUUGGCCUUCCAACACUUAACUUUAUAUUCUUCUUUUUAAAUAAUAUCUUUAUUAUUAUGUUUGAGCUGGAUCUCAGGAUCCAGGCACUGCCAUUUUGUUCUCCACUGUCCACAAUUUCUGCAUUUUUCCUUUUUGUUUUGAAUGAUGGAUUGCAAAUGAAGCUGGCACUUGCAAUAGAACUUAAGCUCCACCCAUUGCUAAAGACCAUGCUCUUAAUAAAGUAUUCCUUACGUUAUCUUUCUUAGGUAUAAAGUAAUGCUAGUGUGAAGUUAUUAUAAAAGCAAGGUGAUCUCGAGGGACAAAUGGAUCAAAUAAAGUUUUAACUACCUGACAAUCAUUUUGGCAGAUUUUUUGAUGGUAUUGGUAGGUCAUCUGUUAAACAUAAAUAAAUUUUACCAAAAAAGUGCCACGCUUGCCUGGUUUACCACUAACCAUGUUCUUCUCCUCCCAUUGAUUUCAGUGGAUUGAAGCCCUACUUACUUUGGGUUUCACCCAUUCAUUUUAUUAAAAGUGAUUUGGCUUGGGGUGUUAAACAAAUUCCUGAAUGUCCAAAAUACCCCUGAAGGCAGAUAGGAGUCUGGAGAAAAAGAACGAAAGAGUGACACAUUAAAGCACACAAUUGCAAUGAAAAUUAUUCAACCCCUCGUUUAAAAAUCAGUUUAUUG